AUGGCUAUGGAGAGUGAAACUGAUACAAGUGAAGAAAUGGGUAGGCACAGAUGCAGCUCUUGCCUGGCAGCUGGCAGUGGAUCUAAAAGAGUGGUUUUCCAUGUUGCAACUCUGCAACUGUACAUUUCCCCCCUUUGCAGUGGAACCAAUGAACGCACUUUCCUUAAUUUUAAAAAGUUUGGCGUAAGAGUGGGUAAGAAAUUUAGCAGUACGAGGGGUAUUUCUAAUUUGUUCUCACUGUGUACAUAAAUUGAUACAGUGCUGAGUUCAUCUGGGCAUACUCCAAGUAAAUGUGAAUAGGAUUACAGCCAUGGUCGAAAGUCGGCCUCUUAAUGUCUCUCCCACCCCGGCGCGGGAGAUGCAAAAUCUGCAGGAGGCUUGCUACAAGGGGCGGGCAGGAGCGCGCGUGUGGUCAACUAGUCUCCGUUCAUUUGACAACUUCAGAGCGAGGGCGACGCGAAGGCGGCGGCUGGAAUUGGCCUCGCGGCCUCGCCGUAGGCGUCACUGUAACCUAGGAAACCGGACUGCUCCUCGCACUCGACCGUUCGCUGGGGAAGGAUUAGAGCCACCUCCUCCCUGGCCCCUCACUUCCGAGGGCAGGCGGGUGUCUCCACAGCAGCCGCGGACGGCGAAGACAGGCGCGGACCAAGGCUGUACCCGGCUGGUGGUUGAGAGGCAGAGGCGGAGGCGGACCUGAGUCUGAGCGUCCCCUUCUCCGCUAAUCGCCUGUGUCCGCAAGGGCUAGGAAGGGGCAAGCCCCGCCCCUUUGCUCUCCGAGAAGAAAAUCACUGAACGUCCCUCUCGCGGCGCCUUGGCUGACGUAAGUAUUCCUGCGGGAGACCACGCCCCCAACGGUUUCGCGGCGGAAUCCAGCAACGGCCAAGUGCCGGAGCCUCAGAGCGCAGUUUGCGUUCGGACCCCUCGCCGGGGAGUCGACGCUCCUGUUUCCUCCGCAGCAGGAGGGCCAUGGGCUGCUCCACUUCAGGGAAGGGGGCAGCUGCGACCACUUCCCCGAGGGCUUCCCCCUUACACUUCUCACACCACGAGCCACGGUGAAGGACUCGGCGGCCAGGUUUAAAAGCACGCCAGAAUCCCCAAGUAUUUGCUCGAGCCUUUUCGGCUCUGUAUUAUUUGUUGACACUUAGACAGUGCCGGAUUUACGUAUAAGCUAAAUAAGCUAUAGCUUAGGGCCCCACUCUCUUGGGGGUCCCCAAAAAAUUUAAAGAAAAAAAACCCUGGAUGUACAUUUCCAAAAUAUAAGAUAAAAAACCCAAAUAAAAUAAUUGGUAACUCAGUACUGUUAUGUUAUCGAUGUUUGUAUGUGAUGCCAAUAAAAGGUUUGAUGAUGACGAAAUAAAAUAAAACCUACAUACAGCAACAGUGUUUUGUGUUGUGUAGGAUGUAAGUCAUGGGCGCCACCUGCUAGCCUGCUCCCUAAAAUAUCACUGGUUUGCUCAUUUCUAUAUAUAGGGUGCCUACAUUCUUCAUGGACUGGUUGCAUGGCAACAUGUGCAAUUGGCUUUAGACACCUAUUAGGUCCAUAAAUUACUAUAUAGCAUAUAUUCAACACAAAAAACACUGACAAUUUGUUGUUGACAAAGGACAGCUGAACAUAUAAAGGGCCCCAUUGCUGUCAGUAACUUAGGGCCUCAUCAAACCUAAAUCCGGCCCUGCACUUAGACCUUUCCUUCAAGGAGCUCUGGGUGGGGUGUACAGUUCUCUCCCCACCAUCCCAUUGUGUCCCCACAACAACCCCAUGAGGUAAGUUAGGCUGAGAAACUGUGACUGGCACAAGGUCACCCUGGCCUGUGAACUUCAUGGCUGAGUGGAGAAUUCGAACUCAAGUCUGCCAGGCCUUUGCCUCUCUCAGCGGAAGUUUCUUGCUGUACAGCAGUGCUGCCCAUUGGAAGCAGCCAGCAAUUCUUCUUGCUUCCCGCUCCCAUAUAUAAAGGAGAAAAACAAAACAAAGCGAAAACUGGUAAUAAUUUAUUUCACCAUUACAAAAUUCAGAGUCUCUUUCCUAUUUAGGACCUUUGGGUGUGAGGAGAUACUUGUGGAGCCCUGAUUGAAAAACACUGACUUGGGGUGAGUGCAGCUGUGAUGGUGCCCUCUAACUCCCGUCAUUCCAGACCAUUGGCCAUGCUGACUAGAGCUAAUGGGAGUUGGAGCCAUUGGCACCUGCAAACUAGACAGAUGGAGAGAGAAGGAAGCCCCUCUCCUGCUCUCUGUUUCUGCUGCUGAAAUUCCUUACAGCACAGUGAUCCGCGACUCCCUUGCCAGCACUUGCAGAGAAAAUCCUGCCCCUGCUCACACACUUGUCUGCUUGAGACUCACCAGCCACCCUGGAAAGUAAAUACUGUUCUGUCCUCCCAUACAAAGCUGAUGCCAAAAUAAUUUAGUACAGCAUUGCAGUGAACAAGCUUGAAUUCUUGUAGGAUGCUGGCACUGAAGAUAAAAUUUAAAAAGUCUGAAUUGUUUUACAUAUAAGAGAAUUGUUGCCUGUCUGGCAACACUGAUGGAAAUCCUUUGUUGUCAGCUUUUGCUAUGUUGUUGCCAACAAGGGACUUGAAACUGUCUAAUCCUCUUUGCUUUUUUAGAAGUUUAAUCACCAGCAGUUCUCUUUUCACAGUUACCCAUCUUUGGCAACAAAGCUCAGCUUGUCUACGUUUUGUUUCAAAAUAAAAAAUGGGCAAAAAUGGAAUGCACAACUGAAGUUCCAGCAUUCUGUGUUCAUCCAGUUGUGUAUGAUUGGAUGAAGACUAUGGUUUUUCAAGAAAGGAAAACAAACCAGAAAACCAAACAGUCAUGGUGAUGUGGCAGUCCUAAACAUUACACUCUUGGAAAUGGAUAAAGUUUGACUGUCUUGAGACAUCGCAGUACUUUAACUGGAACUGGUAAGCAGCAGUGUUUGAUGUAAAGAUUUGCAUUGUAAAUUAUCAGCUGGUCAGCAGCACCUGCAAACCCUGAUCUGAAGACAAACACUUCAUUUGCCUACAUGGUUUGAAAUCAAAUUGGGCAAAAUUUCAUUUCUUUUGGGGGGUUUUGCAGACCAGGUUGAAAUAGGUGGGUGCAUUGGAGCACUCCUUGCUGCUGGGUCUCCCUUGCUGAUGACUGAGCAACUCUGCUGGCAGAACUGGGCACAGGAUACCUAAAUCCUCCCAAAGCUAACCCCCCCCUCCCGGCUCAUGGCAGAUGAUGGGUCUGAAUUCUUCUCUGCAAAGUCAUGCCUAUGCGUUCUGUGAGGCUUUGCCCUUGACUUACUCUUGCAUAUUUAUUAUCCUUUAAUAAAGGGGUCAAUAAUUUUGUGAUGAUUUAGCCAUGUUGUCCUUCUAUUAAAUAUCAUAAAUAUUUUACUUCAACAUCAUAAAUACUUUAAAAUAUUAUAAAUGUAGCUGCUAUCCAAUGAAUGAGACAUUUCUAAUUAAAUGCUAAUUUGGUGUCUAUUUCAGCUGUCCAAUGGAAAGCCCUGUGGACCUCUGUUUUGCUGAAGAAGGAUGUAGCAGCAGCAUUGUUCUUGAAAAACAAGUUUUUAGAUCCAAAGUGCCAGAAUCACAUGUCCAGCUUGCUUGUAGCAUGCAUUACUGUGCUUUUCCUUUGAAUGGGAAUGAGCUUUGUAUUUUGAAUACUACUGAUGAUCCUGACCGCCAGGUUGAAAACUUAGUUCUUUCUGAGGAUUUAGUUUAUGUUCAAGAAUCCAUAAGAUUGGCAUGUAAGAUGUAUAGUCACAAGAACAAUAACAAUGUUCCAAAGAAUGCAACCCACUGUGCAGUACUCCUGUGCAAAUUCUUUGAAAAUGAAUGGAAACAGUGCUUAGGAGACAAUAUAGUAUAUGAGCCAGAAGGGGUAGUCACUACAAUCUGGGGUGAAAAAGCAAGGGCAGCCUUUAUUUGAUAGCCAUAUUUGAUACUAAUAAAAUUAGCAGCCACAUUGGUCCUCAGUAAUGAGUAGCUUUCCCUGAAAAAGCUACGCCUUUAAAAACGGGCAGAUAUUUGCUAGUUGGUUCUUAGACUGGAGGUAUUUUAGCUGUAUGUUUAUAUUUUUAUAUAUGUUUGAAAUGUUUGUAUUUAAAUUCUAUAAAUCACUCUGAGAUCAAGAGAUAGUUUGUAUAACUAAAAUGAAUAUUUUGGAAGAAACUGAUUGAUUGGCUGCGUAUUUUAUAUCUAUUUCAAAUUACCAAAUACUCUUUUGUCAGCCAUUACACUUACUAGGUCAUCACCAUUCAAUUACUGCAUUGGCAUUUGGGAGCAAAGACAAUCCACUCCUCAUUUGCUCCGCUUCACGGGACUACGUAAUAGUGUGGAAUCUGGAUGAAUGCAUGAAGAAGUUUUUACAAGGUGAACACUUUGUGAUAAAAAUUCAGUGGGCGGCAUUCUCCUAACCAGCCUCGAUUUAUGCUUGUGAAAAGGAGCUUAUCAAGAGGGAAGAUUCCAUGGUUGUGGGAGAUGCUGAGUGAAGGUUUUGUUGAGUUUUAAACUUCUAAUUUCUGUUACUUUAGUCUUUUGCUGUAUUGCAGAAGGGGAAAAAAUAACAAUGGUACAGAGGGGGUUUUUGUAUGUUUUUGGCUGUAAUUCUGUCCAUUUACUUGAGAGUAGGUAGGGUUUACUUCUGAGUAGAAUUGUAUAGAUUGCAAUCCUAAUCCCACUUACCUGGAAGUAAACUCUAUUGAAUUAGGUGGGACUUAUUUCUAUGCAGACAUGGUUAGGACUGCAGCCUACGUUGCUUCAGAAAUCAGUAUGUUAAUUAGCCAGCUUAAAAAUAUAUAUGAAGUUGUUUGCUAUUAAAAAUAACUAGCUUUCACAUAACUAUUGAAGUUUUAGUUUUGUCAAAUAGUCAUAAUAAUUUAGUGUUAUGUUUCAAAUAUUGCAGGGGUAAUGCCAGAAGGCAUUGUUAUAGGAACACUUUUGGGAAUGGUGCUUUAUGUGCGAUUUAGUCCAGAUGAUGAGACAGUGGCAGUAUGUGCUGGCAAUCGGAUAUACAUGCUAAAUGCAAAGGUGAGAGCCUAUGUUGUCAAACAUACCACAGUGUGAUAUUGAAAUAUAGCUAUCUGUGCCAUCAAAGAAGUAGAAAUCAUUUGAAAGCAAGUUGUACUCUGGUCCAUCAAGUAGCUGUAUUUUUCACAAGUGAUGGACAAGUACAUUACUUGAACUUCUCACAUUUAUUGGGAUCAAACACUACCAAUUUUAUUUUGAAAUUUUAUCUGUUUUUCUUCUGGGAUCAAUUGCAGGAUGAGGCUAUACUUGCUGAAUUGGAGGGUCACUUGGCUCCAGUGACUGCUGCUGAGUUUUGCUCUUGGGAAAAAAAUAGACUUAUAUCAGUUUCUGAAGACAGAAGUUUUAAGGCAAGGAAAUUCUCUUUUUGGUGUUUUUUUUAAAAAUAUUUUUAUUUUGGCUCAGGCUAUGAGGCUUAGUAUGAUGUUAAGACAAAAGGAGAAGCACUUAAAUAUUUAAACAUAUAGUGCUAAUGUGCUUUGUUUUACUAUAAAGAAUAUUCUAAUUAGAAGAAGGAAAAUAAAGACUGGGUAUACUAUAUAAUCUUCAAAUCUGCUUUCCAUGAUCAGAUAUUAAAAGUGAAUGCUACUGUUCAGUCAUAAUUAAAUUUUCUGCAUUGCUUGGUCUGUGGGGUUCUGUUCCCAUCCCAUGGAAUCAACAGAAAAAUCAAAUGGCUUUUAUAAAGUAUUACAUUGGUUACAUUCAUUAUUAUAUAAACUGACAUUUAUACGUUACCAUGUUUUUCCCUCCAAAAGGUAUGGGACUAUUGUACUGGACUGUUAAUAUAUCAGUCAGCAGUAAUAACAGGUAUGCUUUUAAAAAUAAUGAAUCAGUAUCAACCAACCUCUUUUUCAUAUAGAAUAAUACUUGACAUAAGAGAUGAGCAUUUUAAUCCAUUCCAAUAUUAUUUUUGGAUGAAAACAACAAAAUAAAUUGUUAGAACAACACGAUGCAAUAUGCAUUCAGUUCCAUAUCAUUACUCCCAUUCUCCAUGCUACUCCCAGUGACAGCAGUAAUUGUACUUACCAUAGUUGCCAUGACCCAGAGUCUUCACGUAUAUUUUCGUGCAUAUGUAGAAUUUCUCCAUUCCAAAGUGCCAUCUUGUUAAUUUCAGUGGAGGCAGCAGAUCUCAAUUGCAUCUGUUACCUACAUAGAAAUGAAUGGGACAGAUGUUGCAGCUAUGUGUGCUAUGGAGUUCCUGUAUCCAUAAAAUAGCAUUAUAUUGGGAUGCAAAAUUAUAUUGAGUAUUAAUUAUUUUUGAUUUCUGUGUUUUACUGUUGUAUUGAUUUGAUAGUGAGGAUUUUCUGUUUAGGCCCAGUGGUUUCUUAUUUCUUUUUCUUUCCCAUAUUGUGCUUCUUAUCUGCCUCUUUUCUCCAGCAUUUCCUCUUCUGAGUCUCUUCAUUGAUGAAGAAAAUAAACAGAUUAUCACUGGAUGUGCAGAUGGACAGGUAAGAAGCAUUCUGGGAAUUUGACAUGUUGUAAUUUGAGUUUUAUACUCCUGUUUUCACCUACAUCCGUAUGUUCAUGCCUCCUCUCAGCUCCUUUUGUGCAACCUGCUUUGCACACACAUUAUCCACGUGUUAAGUUUCUGCCUCUUCCUCCCCACACACAUUUUGAGUACUAAGCACUGUUUCCAACUUCUGUAUCCCUGCUUUACUCAAACAUUUGCUGUUAUUUACAGCUGCCAUUUUACUGUGUGCCCCUCUAUCCGUGCUUUACUCAAGCCUCUGGUGUUUAAGACUGCCAUUUUACUCUGUGUCCCUCCAUCCCUGCUUUGUUCAAAUCUCUGCUGUUUAAAACUGCCAUUUUUCUCUCACCCCAGCUUUACUUAAACUUCUGCUGUUUGUCCCUCCCUUUUUGCUCCUAUGUCAUGGCCAUUGCUGUUGUGCAACCUAACUUCUCUUUUGCUCUGUUCUCCUCCCCAGACAUUAUGCAAAUCCUAAAUUGUGAUGAGGCACUACAAAUCCUCCAAUGGGAUCUACACAAUGUAUAUAGCAGUCUUCCUCAACCUCAGCCCUCCAGAUAUUUUUGAGACUACAGUUCCCAUCAUCCCUGACCACUGGUCCUGCUAGCUAGGGAUCAUGGGAGUUGUAGGCCAAAAAACAUCUGGAGGGCUGAGGCUGAGGAAGCCUGGUAUAUAGGAAGAAAUCUAGCCCAAAUCAAAGACAGUCAACUUGAGCUGAUUGCCUGAGAAAAGUUGGUUGCCAAAAUACAAUUUCCUGAACAAGUUGGAGAAUAUGGAAAUUUAUGUUUGAGAUGAACUUUGUUAUAUUUAUAGGUUUUGGUAUUUGGCCACACCACUGAAUUAAGAUGAUAAUACCAGAAACAUUUACUUAUUAAAAGAGAAGUGCAGAAAGCUAGUUUAUAGUUUUAUUCUCUCUUUCAGCUUUGGAUCUUCAGCUUGAAUAGCGGGCAUCAGUAUCGCUGUGUGGUACAAAUAAAUAUAAAGAAAGAGAGAGAGAAGUUUUACAACAAAAUAAGGAAAUCCGAACAAUUGGGUAACAUGAUGCUUCUGGAAUACAUUUUAAAAUAUUACUAGUUAGCCAAUGACAUGGUUAAAAUGUAUUUUUCAUAUAGAUACUUUUUACGAAUCUGGAUUAACUUUAUAUCCAGAUGUCAUAGGAAUUGAUAAUACAGGCACACAAAUCAAGAAGGCCUCCAAAAUAGACAGCUCAGAAAGACUGAUCUUGAAGGAGGCCUUUACUUAUAAUGUGAAUAUGUGUGAACUUUGUCAGCUCCAAAGUAGUCACAUUCAAUUGACAGUAUGAUACCGUCUCCUGCUGUGUGCUGUGAUAGAUAGUACUACACAGAAAUUGUCUUAUACUAGUUGAGAAUUAUCGAAGCUAAUUUGGAGCUGUGUUUUGCUAGCACAAGUUUCCCAGGCUAGACAGCUCUGCCAGAUGAGUUAUAUAGCAGCAGUGCAUAGCUAUGAACUUAGCUUAUUGCUUCUAGCUUUCAUUAAAUGUCUUAAGCAACUUGUUUCUAGUUUAAUAGGCAUUGUCUGUUUUCCCUAGAUGAGAUUCAGAAUCCUUCUAAGGCAUAUACUUCAAAUAAUUUAAGGGAAGAAGAAACAGUUGAAACUACCUUUCCAGUUCUCAGAAUUGAACUCUGUGACAAGUCGACAAAUGUAGGUGAUGAAGAACACAGGUAAGUGCACUAAGUUUUCAUUCACUGCUUGAUAAUUGUAUGUCAUGUAAAAGGGAAUAAUAAGAAGAAUUAGAAAAUCAUAUAAAGGUAUUUUGUGUAGGUAAUAUUUUAUAGUAGGUGAUGACUUUUUAAUGCUGUAUUACAGCCUUGCUGUAAUAACCUGAAGACAUUGUACGGAGGACAUGCAUGCCAUUUUAAUAAUGUGUAGUGUCAAACCCUUGAAUAAGCAAAUUACAAAUAAAAUUGCACACUUAAAGCAUCAUAACUCCUAACCUUAAAUUUCUAUCUUCAUGUCAGUGCUCAUUUAUAUCUAUGCAGCUGAUGAGCCACGUAAAACCACUCUGUUUUCCCCUAACCUCCCUCAUCAUCUUGACACUUCACCUUUCUUUUUAAACAUAAACAUAAACAUACUUUAAAGUGCAGGCUAUAGCUUAGUAGUAGUAGAACAUCUGCUUUGCACGCAGAAGGUCCUAGGUUCAAUCAUCAAUAUAUUGAGAUAGGAUUGGGAGAUACCCUUUCUGAAAUCCUAAAUGUUCCUAAUUGAAAGGAAGAACACAUGUUCAUGUGUGCUUAUUAUCCAGCUCACAUCAUGAGUUAUCUGUAUAAAAGCUAUAAAACUUAAAAAUACCUCAUUGUAUCUAUAAUGAAGAGAAUGCCAGAUUUUUGUUUUUAUUUUAAAGUAGAUACUCUAUUUCUCUUUUUAUUUUCAAUUAGUUUGCCUACUGUGAAUGCCCGAUGCUUGUGGAUAGGAAGCUCUACUGGUUUAUUCAUAAUUAACGUGGCAAAUUUUGAGUUGGAAGCUGUUUUACAUUACAGAGGUAUGAUAAUUUAUUGUUACAGCUUGGUGUGAUUUACACAUGGAAAGUCCAUUACUGCUUAAGCGGAGUUCCAUUUGCACAACAGAUAUUCUCCUUUCUCUGCUCCCUCUGUGUGCUCCUCAAAGUCUGCCCCUUUGGAGCAGAUUUUGCUGAUGGGCAGAGAGCUGCAGGGGACAGGAAAGGAGGGAGAGGUUCUGUUGCGCAAACAUCAACCCAAAGCUGAUUGUUCAUGUGUGACUGUCUUGUUUCUGUUUCUACUAGCUAGUUAGAAUUACAGAGGUGUGCUUGUGUGCUAGCAGGUUUGGCUUGUUAUUGCACUGGAAGUUUAUGCGUUGGCAUUAGGUUGAUGAAAUCAGUGGAAUUAUAUUGACUUACCAUACAUAUGAUGAAAUAUUUGUAGCCAGUAUUUAAUUUAAUGUGGAACUUUUCUAUAUUAGCAAAGGAAAAAAAUGUUUUAUAACAUUGGGGUUUUUGUGUGUAAAGAUUUCAGUGCCCUCAGCAUUCAGUUUGCUGGAUCAUGUGCUUUGAUGAGGAAGGCAAUCAAUGGCAAGGUGAGUACAGUAUUGAAAUUAUUUUUAAAUCUUAUUUUUUUUAUUGUUUAUAGCACAGUUUAUUCUUCCUUGAAACUGAAAAUUUAGAGGAACCAUAAAUUUGGGGGGAAAGCAAACCUCACAUUUGUGGCACACUACUAAUAAAAAAAGAAUUAUGCUGUUGGUUUAUAUCACUGGCUCUGUUGUGUUAGCGCUAAUCAGCUACAGUUCUCCCAGACCUAAGGCAUAAAUAUUUUCCAAUUUUGCUAUCCAAAGUAUCUGCGAUUCUCUGCCUUUGAGCAUUAUUUAGCUGUCAAUCCACAUUUUUCCUAUUUGAAUUAGUCUACACCACAAGUUUGUAUAUGCAGAGCAACUUCGAUCUUUCUUGUUCAUACCAGUAGGCAUUCCCUUUUGUGUUUGUCCCUGCCUUCUCAUUUGUUGAUUUUAUUAUGCUAAUAAAGCACCAACAGGGCAUGUGUGUAUAUAGUUGUGCAUGGAUCUUUAUUUUUUAUCUUUUAGAAAACACUUCCCCAACCAAGAAAUGUGCAAAAGCACACAGUCAGACAAAUGUGAAUUUGCUUGUGCAGUUUUCUAGUUUUGUGCAAAUACGAGGGAUAACAAUUAAAAUAUGUAUAAGGCUACAGUCUUCUGUUCAGGAGUGCCCUGGAAAUAGGGGUACAAAUGGAAAAGAAAUGAAAGAAUUGAGGAAGUAGUAGGCUUGGAUAGGCUUGAAAAAGGGAGUAGUAGACAGCAGGGAUUGAGCCAUCCAACCAGAAACAUUGAAACAAAUAGUAUGUGACCUCAAAUUUGUUGUUCAGUUUCCCCUGUUCAUCAGAGUAUCCCCAUAUCAGGUAAACCUCAGUUUACAGGGGGGAAGCAUCAAGACUGGUGCUGUUGGAGACUAAUGUCAUGUGGACUAUGCAGAUUAAAUGGAAAGGCAAACAGCUGCAAACAGACAGUGAAUUCUGGUGUAGACAAGUCUCAAGUAAAAUGAAUGCAGAGCUUCAGACACACAUGCAUGACACUGAAAUAGCCCGUGUCUUACUAAUUCUAAUGGCUUGGAUCCAAAGGUCUCCUGUGUGAGGAUUCCUGAUUUUCACCAAUUUCCCCACCCUUCUGCAUCCCUGCACACUGCAUCCCACAUUGUCCCAAAGGGAUUCCUACCCCAAAGGAGUGGAUUUUAGAGGUGUUGAGGGGGAUGCACAGAAAGGGGAGAUGGGAAAGUCCUGUUCCAUGAGCCGAACUCCGCCCACAGAUAUUAGGUUACAAACCACUGAUUACUGUUUACUAUGUUGGCGUUAUUUUGGUUUGAAGGGAGAAAUGCUUCAUGGACAUGUCUCUGCAGGUGUUCUGUUUGCUAACUUCAAUGUUUGAGAAUAGAAUUGCCUUACUGGAGAUUAAUGUUGCUGCCCUCUUGAGAUCCCAGCAGAGUGAACUCCAUUUAAGUGGAAGUGAGAAAGGCCUUUCUGUAGUUGCCAGGUAAUGAAUCAUUAAGUCACUUGGUUUUAUUUGAAUCUCUACCAGUUCCACCAUACAGCUAGCAUCUGUAACAGGUUAGAAGAUAAACUGUUAGCUAUAGGGUACAUUCAGAUGUGGGGAUUGUAGCAUUAGUGCUUCUAUUCCAGAUGCCAAUGUUCCUUUUACAUGGCAUUACCUGCUGCAUAAUGAAAAUGUGACUUUUUGAUUGAUACGUACCACCAUGUUGUGCUAAUUUUAAAUGGUGGGAAAGGAUGGGAUACCCGAAUACUGCCCCGGAUUUUAUCAAGUGAAAUUACAACUCCUGUGAUUUUCUGGGUUGAUGGGUUGUAAUCACCAGCUUCAAGUAUUGAUCUUCAAGCUCAUGAGAGGAGCUGAUCUUUUUUGGAAAUAAAUGUUUCUAGCAGUGACACAAAGUCGCAAGUACUGCUCUUUCAUAAAUGGUGUGUGUGUGUGUGUGUGUGGGUGUGUAUAUAUAUAUAUAUAUAUAUAUAUAUAUAUGAGUUCUGAUUUGUUUGAUUUGUUUGGUUGUUGUUGUUGUUAACCCACCCUUACUCUAAGAUCCCAGUGUGGUUACAACAAUUGAAGCCCAGUGUUAAAAACAAUUUAAAACAGCAUACGAUUACAAAAUCACGGUGGGUCCUAAAAAUGCACAUCUCCUGCGUCCAAAGCCCAGGUAAGGAAGUGUGUCUCUUCUUAGGUGCUCUCUUCUGCCAACCUCUCCUUUGUGCCUGAAGAAAGAAAAAAGCCAACUUGUAAGUAAAAAAGGUAAGUUUGGUAAACUUUCAACUAGUUUGGCACUUAUUUAUAAAUAGCUAUUCUUUGUUUGGGGUGAAGAAGCAUCCAAAAGGGAUGGGUUAAGACCCAGUACCACCUGGGAACACAGCUGGCAUCAGACUAGGUAUCUGGGGUGGUACCAGUCAUCAUUUGUCUGUCUGUCUGUUUUUCUGGGGCUGUGUUAUUCUUUCUCUUCUGUUUUUAUUGCUGACUUUGUUAGCUGGUUUGAGGUUUUUGGACUGAAGAAUUGGUUUAAAUAUUAAUUUAUAAAUGUUUUGGUAGAAGAUACUCCCAGGUAAGUUGAUGUAAGAUCAGAUUAUUCCACUAUAUCCAGCAAUAAUUUCUGGAUGCAAGAUCAUGCACAUGUGGAGUUCUACUUGAUGCAAGAUUUUUCCUAGUCAUUGAUGGUACCUGGCUCUAAAACCUCCUCCAUCUUGAGAUCAGGCUGACCCGCCCAUUAUUUUUUCUCAGUUGACACCUUAAAACCUACUUGUUCCUGUAGGCUUCUGGAACAUCGUGGGUAUAUCUUAUGUAUAAUGUAAUACUGACAUUAUAGGAUAUGAUAUUUAGUUUUGUUUUUGUAUUAUUUUUAUUAUUAGUCACUGUGGACAUUUCAGGAAGGGUGGUGUAUAAGAAAUAAAAUAAUAUUAAUGCUCCCUGCACUGGAGACAAAAUAAAUACUUAUGGAAACAUUCCCCUCAAUUGAAGCAGUGAGAGAGGCUACACAAACAGGGACUGUAGAUUUGCAUUACUACAUCUCUGGAACUCAGGCCUGUUGCUCAGAGCAUCCUGUUUGUUCAAUUUAAAAAUAAUUAUGCUUUUAAAAGACAGAAUUAUAUAGCAGAAGUUCAACAUCUUAAAAGCUGAAACAAAGUAACCUGAACUUCCUGGGUAUCCAUAUCUGUAACUGUGAUUGUUAAAACGUAUUUAUUUAUUGUUUCUUAGUUGUAAUUAUUAACUAUUUUAUAAUUACAACUAUAUAGUUGUAAUUAUAACAAUUUAUUUAUUUAUUUAUUUAUUUAUCUAUUUUUGUAUGUAUUUUUAAACUCAGGUACAAAAAGCCCAAUAAAAGAUCAGCCGCUGGUCUUCCAUAAUAAAAUUAAGUCCUCAGGUUACACAUCAGCGCCACAGUGAGUACAUAUUAUGUAAUUAUUUUUAGUGUUUUAAGAUUGAUUUUUAAAUUUUAUUGUAGAAAGAGAAGCUGCAUGACUGUCACAGCAUAUUUGACAUAUGGAAAAUGUAAUGUAAAAUGGGCUAAAGAGUAAAAAAUAUUAGUCUGACACUAUUAAAACUAAGGUUUAAAGAAAUGCUUGUUUGGGAAACUGGCACAUUCACAAAUAAAUUAAAAUUGUAAGUCUAAAAUUAUGCAAUUUUAGCAAAAUCUGCAUAGCUUGGUCUACAAAUAGCACUAUUUUUCAUAAUUUAUUUGGAAAUCUCCGUCUUCUGAGAUUCCUGCGCUCUUUCUGCAUCCCUUCAGAAUCAUAGCAUGGCUAUAUAUGAGUUAGUGGCUAUAUGUGUAUUGCUAGCCUGCUUGUCUGUGUAACUUAGAUUUUGAUAUUCCUAUACUGAGGCGGUUAUUUCUGAUUGCUUAUUUAAUGGGUUUGAAUGCAAGAAUUCCCUUCCUCUGAAAGAAGAAGCUUCCUCUUGAGGAAGAGAACUUUUGGAUUCAGCUCACUGUUGUAACAGUAACACCAAAAUGUUACAAUCAUUUCGUAAUCCAUAGAAAAUGAAGUUACUGGACGUUUGCAUUAUUUUCACUUGUCUCUAGUGAGCUAGGAAAACAUGGUACCCUUCCCGAUGUAUUUACACUUUUACAAACCUAUACAUUAAAUGCAAAGAGACAUUUCUUGUCAGGUCUUGUUUGGCCCUAUGAACUAUUGCCCACUGUUUUCCACUGCAGAAUGACCAUGUUCUCUCCAAAGACCAAUGCAAAGCAAAACAAUCUGGAACUGAAGUGCAAGAGAAGUUGCAAACGGUAAGCAAUAAAACUGACAUGUCUGAACAAAUGCAUUAAUGACACUGAAGCAGAACUAGUAUUAUCCUGCAUUUACACAGUGGGGGGGAGAUUCCAAAUAAAAGAGGCAUUAAAAUUAUUUUAGCAGUAUGUAACUUCUAUUACACCAACACUUGUUAAUGAGAAAAUAUUGUAAAUUCAAUGGUAAUACAUUUAAGUGUACAUCACAGUUUGUCAUUUAUCUUUUUAAAUGUUCUCCUGUUUCUUUACCAUUGAAGACGAAAUAAGGAAGACUAUCCACGUGUCAACAUUCCUCCAAACAAAUCUGAGAGACAGAUUAUCGUAGCUGAUAAGCCAACUUCUAUAUGCUGUAUUCAGUAUUCAGGUACAGAAAAAUGUUCAUGCAUUACGUUAGAUGUCUGCAGCAUUCACCUGCUAAACAUCAUUUUUACGUACAUAGGGCUCAUAAAGGUUCAUUCAGACAGCAAGCCUGCCUUGAUUUUCAGCAUUGACUACACAAUCCUGUACAUGUCUACACAGAAAUACAUCCCAUUGACUUCUGAGGAAUUCUUUAAAUGCAGCGUAUAUAUAACUACAAUAUUUUUUUAAAAAAUGAUUUGGUAUAUUGGUUUAGAUUUGGUUUAGAAUUAUCAGAUUAAGUUCCUAUACUCCUUAUUCUUACAGGGGAUGGAGAGUUGUUGGCUUGUGGCUUGGCUGACAAAACUUUGCUGGCAUUCAAUUCAAAUCUUACAGGAACACCAACAGUUUAUUCAGGUAAAUUAAUUCCAGCCUCUUUCAGUCUUAGGUCUUCUGUUUACUUCCUAUUAGUGCAAGAUACAGCACUUUAAGCAAAUGUCAUUUUUACUAUGCUACCUGUUUUUAGCGCUAGUACUGUAUAUUAUUGCUAUGAUUUCUUUUUCAUUUUAGAACCUUGAAGCCCACCAUGCUCGGUUUCAUUUCCACUAAUUUGCCUAUUUUGUCUUAUAUUGCUAAACCUGACUGGAAGGUGAAAUUUUCUUCUGUUUGUUUUCAGGGGUUGAUUAAAUCACUGAAAAGGUUUGAAGGGAGCUUACAGGGGCUGUGUAAGCAGAAUUUCCUUGGAGGUGUGGGCUUCUCUGCUGGUGGUAGCAGCAGAGCUGCUCUCUUUUUUAUUUUUGCACAAAUUUUCCAACAUAACAACUGCAAAGCAAUAUAACAAAUCUUCGGCUAUCACAGCCUAAGACCCCUUCUAAUGGUUUUCUACAUUUCUUUCUGAUUUUGCAUUUUAUUACUGUGCUUAUUGCUAUAAAUCCAGUCUUACACCAGCUAAUCUUAAUGCUUUUCCCAAUAAUUUAUAAAGUCCUCCUUACAAAACUUCUUGUAACCCUACAAGCGAUGUUAAGUAAUUACAAUUGUCUUCCAGAUACAACAUAAAUUUCUUCCAGUCCUUUAGGAAAAUCUGGUCCUGCUGGUUUUGAAUUUUCCCUGUUAGUCUCGCCAGCUCAGCAGCAGCAGAGCUGCUCUCAGUGCCUGCCUACCAGACUACAAUACCCUCUGCUGCCGCCUCCUGUCAUUCCAAAAGCUCGGGAACAGUGCCUUGUCUAAGGCAUCCCAUGGGGAAAUUGUGGCUGUUCCCCCCCAGGGGCUGCCAGUGGAGUCCCCACCUUAACCUAGAAUGCCUUGGAAUGACACCACUUCCAGGGGAUCCUGGGAAGAACGAUAAUGGCUGUUGGUUAGCAAUGCCCCAAAGAAGAUCUCCCACUGCUUCCAGUAGGUUUACCCCAUCUCAAAAAUCCCCCCUUGAAAACUCACUGAAACCCGUCGUUCAUAGCUUAUGGAGAUUGGUUGUGACAAAAAUGGAGAAUCAGCGUAUAAAUUUAUAAAUGAAAUGCAUACAUGUAUAUUGCAAAUUUAAAUUCAGUGCACCAGGGGGCAGUCUAGGACUUUAAAAUACUAUAUCUUUAACAUUAACAGUUUUCAUCUUUGUAAAUGAUAUGUGCUGGGUUAUGACAAUGGGAUGUUAGAUCGGCUCUUUUAACACUUUGAAUUUGUUUACAGUUUAUAGGAUUGAAAAAUGAAGUGGCCACACUGAACUGAAGUUGCUAAAUUAAUGUUCUACAAUGCCAGUCUUCCCUUUGUAAAGAGAGAAGUUUAUUUCUUCCAUAAGUGUUGAUGAAACUUGCAGUUCAGUUACAACUCUGAUUUGCAUGUGAAGCACAAUAAAGGGCAUCAUUUAACACUGUAGUAACAACACGUUUAGGCUAACCAUGCUUUUAUACUGCUACCAAUUUGCAGUAUAUUUAUAUCAGAAUGCCUGGCUAAAACAAACUGUAGUCGGAAGCAAUCUUUAUACUUGAAAUAAAAUUUAAGGAAUAUAUUCCUGUUCAUCAUGGUAAAAUUCCAACUGCACUGUAUAUUCUGUUAAACAUAUUACUGACGUGUAUAAAGUAAAACAUUCUGAGACUUCUCUGAUUCUAAACCUAGACUUCUGAAAAAACAAGAACAAGUGUGUCACAAAUUCAUACUUUUGCUAUGUGUAUUUAUAUCUCUGCCUCAGAAUUUUUCAUAAUAAUAAAUUGUUUUUAAAUAGAGUCAGCUGUGGGCAGGUGGGCAGAAUCAGGCUAUUCUUGUUUCUUUCCCCACAUCCUAGGCUGUAGAGAUGCUUUAAGUGGGGUUGGGAAAUUCCAUUUUCUUGGUUUCUCAGGUGUCACAUUUUCCAUAAGAAUGUUUGGCAAUACUGGGAAAUUCUGGGAUGUGUAAUUGCCUUGAGACAUUUUCAUGAAGGGCAAACAAAAAAAUUUGUUUAUGUGUAGUAAUACUUGUUUCAUUAUAAAUCAGCUCAGACUGCAAUUGCAGAAAUGGAAAAAUACAUAGAUACUAGCUAUUUAACUUUAGUUUCCAUGCCUGUUAAACCAGGCAUCCUAGUGGAUUCAGAAAGAAGCAUUAUGCCAUUGCAUAUUUUACUGAUUGCAUUCCAGUACUAGAAAUUGAUUUCCCUAGAUAAUAGGAAAUUUAUAUAAAUAUUUGGUUAACGGCAUGUUGUGGUCAGUCUCGGAUUUGCUAAUGGCCUCUCCUCUGGACAAGUAUGUUUUGGCCAAAUAAAGUUCUACAAGAAAGACAGUAUCAGGACAUGAGAAUUAACAAAAUGAAGAAUGAGCAAGUCAUCUCUUCUCACUAAAAUAUUUAGCUUACAGGGAAAAAUGUAGCCUGUAUGUGGCCUGAGGAUACCUAAACCUAUAAGAAGGAGGAAUUCAAGUUGGAGGGUGAAACUGUACACUGCAACAAAAAGAAAAGGGAUUUAUUGGUAAGGCCGAUGAAUCCCUACUUUGCCCUUCCUCUCUGCUGAACAAUCUCUGUAAUUGGCAUUUCUGAAGCAGUUUAGUUGUCCAGGAUGGGAAUUUUGACAAAUAAGGGAGAUGGCUAACUCCACACUGAUUCCAGGUCUCCCUAAGUCCACCUCAGCAGGAAGAAGAAUAGGUAUCUUAUUAGUCAAUAGAAAAUCCAUUACAGUGGUACCUCAGGUUACAUACGCUUCAGGUUACAGACUCCACUAACCCAGAAAUAGUACCUCAGGUUAAGAACUUUGCUUCAGGAUGAGAACAGAAAUCUUGCUCCGGCAGCGCGGCAGCAGCGGGAGGCCCCAUUAGCUAAAGUGGUGCUUCAGGUUAAGAACAGCUUCAGGUUAAGAAUGGACCUCUGGAACGAAUUAAGUACUUAACCUGAGGUACCACUGUAUUUUCCUUUGUGGAUUGAAAUUUUCAUUUAAUUAUUUAAAACCCCUCUUUAUAUCUCCACAUACAUUCAUACAUUAUUAUAUAUAAGAAUUUUCUUAGAUGAACAAUGAUCUUUCUGGGGGGGAAAGUCUUCUGAUUUAUUAGGAAUGUAUGACAGACCUGUUUUCCAAAAACAUUUUUUCUUUAUUUUUUUAGGGCAUGAUGGUGCCGUUAACUCAGUUGGUUGGAGCCAUGACAACAACUGGCUUGUUUCAUCUUCUGAAGACAGAACAUUAAGGAUCUGGUCAGUCGGCAGUGCAGAACCUGCUUUAUGUCUGGUAAUAAACAUCUCAUGCCAGUUAGAUAGAUUUGGGGUACUGUUCUCUAUGACGCCUGUUCUCUAUGACCCCAAAAUCAUUUGGAAUGUAUUUCCAAUUGCCACCUUAGUAAUUGUGAAAAAAAUUCUAGGAUAGUUUAACACUUCUAGUUAGCAAUAGUGAUGGCACUGAAAUUAUCAAGCACAUAAAACUGUGUGUUCUGUAAUUCAUGAGCACUUUAUGACUUGAGUGCCACUCGCCUCGAAGUUCUCUGGUAUUUCAAAAUGGUUGCUAAAUUGUUACAAUGCUCCACUUCCAUCAUGGGCCAUUGCCUGGAAUGGAGAAAGAGGUGUGUGUGCGCGUGCGUAGUCUACACACAAAGGUAAAUUUUAGAUUUGUUAAGAUUUGUCCAUGUUUGCUUCUGACCCCACCCAAUGCUCGCUUGUGGCUCCAUAAAAGUUGCCAAGAAGGGAAUGUAGCCCUCAUGCUGAAAAAGAGUUCUCCCCCUCUAAUAUAGAGAAUGCAAAGAAGAAGAAAUUGAUUGUGUGUGUCAAAGAGGUUGAGGAGAGAUUGGCAUUCAGGACAUUGUAAUUUUUGUGAUGUGAUGUUAUUGUGGGAAAGAGCACUGAAGUCAGACUAGAUUCUUUGUAAAUGACUGGAUUUUCAGAGUGACAUUGUAUUUUCUUAGGGCUUUAGGCCUUGACUAAUUUAAUAGUAAUUAUAAAGAAAUGGACAACGGUGUGAGAUGAAGCAAGAUUUGUAAUUUAGAGAAAUCACCUGUUAGUCAGAAAAUUAACAAAAGAAGUAAUCUGACAGUGUGCCAUAAAGAAACCAUCUGUAUUUUUCUGACGGAAAAUUAUACAGUAUACAUAGUUAAUUAUAUAUAUUUUACUUUUAGGGAAAGGAAAUGUUUCAUAAAUCCAUUCGAUCAGCACAGUUUUAUUAUAUAGAUACAUUUAUAUUGUUGUCUUGUGGAGCAGAGUUUCACAUGUUAAGAUGCUACCUUGAUACCAGCAAGGAUGAGAUGAAACGGUAGGUAAAGUCUUACGAUUCUUAGAAAUACCAAGUAUUCUUUAGAUCCUGUAAGACACCUAAACAAAGUAAUGAAAGAGGAAAAAAUAAAACUGCAGUCCUAUGGAUAGUUACUUUGCAGAAUGUGCUAUGGAAUAGAGUGGGACUUUUUAAUAUACAUGCAUCAGAUUUUGCUAUUAAUGUUACAUCUUGCAUCAGAAAAUAAAAAUAGGAAUAUUGUUAGCAUGAAAAUUGCCUCUGGUCACAUUCAAUUCUAUUGAAGUUAAUCUCAUUGUACCUCAGAUUUAAUUCUGCCCAACACUACCUUGGAAUCAUUACUGUCUUUUCGGCAUCUUUUGCUAAAGUAUUAUUCUAUGUUAUUUCUAGGGCUGUAAAUUGUAGUACAGGCCUAUGCAUGUUUACUCAAAAGUAAACCCCACUGUGUUCAACGGGGCAUAAUUCUAGAUGUAUUUGGUUGCAGCCUUGAUCAGUUUGAUCAGCAAAAGUUAUAGUUUAAGAUGGGGUGUGAUGGGAUGAUGAGCUGCUUGUGCGUAAAAUAGUAUCCCCUCAGAGUUUGUUCAAGUCCACAAACUUCUGUCUGUGACGGAGCCCCUCAGACAUGGCUCCUCUAGUCACUAGCAGAUUCCGACAGUGGUUGCUUUGAAUCGCUUCCAACAUAAAAGCUCCUUAACGGAAACACGUCUUCUGGACUCUCUGCGUGACAGUUUCCGGCGAGGAGUGGGUGUUCCUACAGGAGGUCCUGAAACCUCCCCACUGUUUUUCGCUGGAAGUGUCUCUGAGCCAUCCCUCCAGCUCACUUUCCCUCAGCUCAGCUCCUCUCCCCUACUGGUUCCCUCUUCAGCUGCUGAGUCUCUCCCAACCUGUGUGAGCCCUUUCACCUCCCUUCCUUCCGAUGGCAGUUCCCUGACAUCCACCUCCCCCUCCAGGGCCCCUUUCACCCCUCUCGCCCCCUCCUCUACGGGCGGUGAGGAGGCAAAACCCCGGAAUGAACUUCCUUCAUCUUCCGAUGUCUCGAACACUUCUCUCCACCUGUUGCGGUUCCUGGUCUCAAAGUACUCCUCCUCCUCAGAGUCCAUCUCCCCUUCCCCUUCCGAGUCCGGGAAUCCUUCCAACUCCUCCUCCUCAUCAGUGGUCCCAAAGUAUUCCCUCCGGAACCUCUCCACAGGCUGAGGUUUCCUUGGGAACCUUUGAUGGAACGUUUCUAUCAAUACCUCGUCAUUGAUAUCUUCGGCCAUUACCCAAGUGUUUUCUGACUCCGGUUCUCCUUCCCACGCUACCAAAUACUCCACCUGAUCCCCCUUCCACCUGGCGUCGAGGAUUUCUGCUACAUGGCUGCUGCAUUCUCUUUCUUCUAUGACCGGUCCCCGAGUGGCCAUCCCUUCUCGUCCCCCUUCGUACGGUGACAGUAACGACCUGUGAAAUACUGGGUGCAGUUUCAUGUGGUUGGGUAACCGGAGCCUGAAAGCCACUGGGUUGACCUGUUGAAUGACCUCAAAGGGACCCAACCUCCUGGGUCUUAAUUUCUUACAACCUCCUUUGAACGGCAACCCUUGGGUUGACAGCCACACCCUAUCUCCCACCCUUAUGGUUACACCUUCCCUUCGGUUCUUGUCUGCCUGCCUCUUGUAUUCUUCCUUCGCCCUUUCUAAGUUGAGUUGGAGCUGACGAUGGAUUGCUUCCAUUUCUUCCACAAAAUGCUCGGCUGCCGGGACGCUCCAUCUCUCCCCAUCUCCACCUGGGAAAGCCCUGGGAUGACACCCAUAAUUAGCCAAGAAGGGGCUCAUCCCUGUGGACACAUUCUCGGCAUUGUUGUAGGCAAAUUCCGCCAGCGCCAACUUUUCUACCCAGUCAUUCUCUCUGUCAUUGACAUAACACCUCAGGUAUUGCUGGAGGACACCGUUUGCUCUUUCCGCCUGCCCGUUGGUUUCAGGGUGCCGGGCAGUCGAAAAAUUGACCUCCACCUGCAGUAAGCUCAUGAGCUUCCUCCAGAACCUGGAAGUAAAUUGUUUCCCUCGGUCUGAGACCACCCUCAAUGGCACCCCGUGCAACCUAAAAAUGUGUUCUACAAAUAACUUCGCUGUCUCUUCCGCCGUGACUGCAUGCGAGCAAGCUACAAAGUGGCACAUCUUUGUUAGUAGGUCUACCACCACCAUGAUGGCUGUUUUCCCUUUGGACUUCGGCAGAUCAGUCAUAAAAUCUAUCGACACUGCCUCCCAAGGUCGUUCUGGGGUUGGUAAGGGUUCUAAGAGCCCCGCCGGCGCCCGCCUUUCUCCUUUGGCUCGCUGGCAUUGCUCGCACCCUCUUACAUACUCACGUACAUCUUCCCUCACCUUAGGCCACCAAAAUUCCCUGGUGACCAACCACAUGGUUUUGUGUUGUCCAAAAUGCCCCGCCGUAGGGCUGUCGUGCAACUGCUUGAGUACCCUCCCCUUAAGUCUCCUUCAGGGAUAUACAGUGCCCCUUUGUAAUACAAAGCUCCAUUUCUUUCCUCGAAACCCCUGGUUCCUCUCCCUCACCCCUAAGACCUCUGAGCUUAUUCUGGGCGUAUUCAUCAUUCUCUGUUUCCUCUACCAGUUCUCUUUGUCCCACCAAUGCCGCCCCACACACCCAGCGGUCCUCUGGAAUGACAUGUCUCUCUUCGGGUGCUCCUCCCUCCAAAUAUUCAGGUUUGCGUGAGAGAGCGUCCGCCCUAAUGUUCUCUGGGCCUGGCACGUAACCAAUCUCAAAGUUAAAUUUGGAGAACUCCUGGGCCCAUCUCACUUGCCGUUGGUUGAUGUGAUGGCCUGGGAUUCCGAUUCGGAGGAUGAAACAGAGGAAUCCCAGCCUGCACAGGAGUCCCCGCCUCCAGGGCCGGCUGAACUGGGGCAAGGCCUAGAUGCUGAAGAGCCUGCACCUGUGGCAGUGCAUCAGGAGCUGGCCCCAGGUGAAGCCCUUCUGGCCCCAGAGGGGCUUGAUGACUCAGUGGCCACAGGUGAGCCUCCUCCAGGGCCCAGUAACCCUUCGGCCUCUCCUGAUCUGCAGAGGCUUAGGGCAGAGAGGCGAAGGGAACUGGUUGCCCCCAGGAGGAGUGCUCGCCUUAAGGCCAGAGGAGGCGGGGCUCCUGGGGACCGGGACCGCCCCUGGCCUUAGAAGAGGAUAAAAGCCCAGUCAGCCCGGCCCCAGGUUGCGGGAGCAACGUCGUUGUUGGCUCGGACCUUCCUGUGCUCCUGUUCCCUGCUCGGCUUCCUGUUCCUGACUAUCCGGUACUCCUGUUCCCUGCUCGGCUUCCUGUUCCUGACUAUCCGGUACUCCUGUUCCCUGCUCGGCCUCCUGUUCCCGACCAUCCGGUGUUCCUGUUCCCUGCACAGCCUCCUGUUCCAGCAUUCCUGUUCCCCGCCCGGCUCUCUGCCUCGGACCUUGCCCCUCUUCGUGUGGACUCUGCUACACCCAAGGUACCUUACCGCCGGGACCAGCACAGUUUGCUCCCGCCACACCCGCACUUCCCCUUCGUAGGGGUGCGUUCGGGAAGAGCCAGAGGCCAUGGCUGAACAGGCGGCUGCACUGGUGGCUUUGGCCCAGGAGAACCAGGCCUUGAAUCACACCGUGCAGCAGCUCAGCGACGCGGUUGUGGCACUUCAGCAACGCUUGGAAGCCCUACCGGCUCCUGGGGCCGACGCCCGGCUCCGGGCAAGUACCCAGUGGCUUUGCCUGAGAAAUUUGAUGGAGCCCCGGCCAGCUUUCCCAUGUUCCUGGCCCAGGCCAAGCUGUAUAUUCAGGGGCGAGCCCGGAACUUUCCUGACGACCGCACCAAGGUGCACUUUUUGAUUAGUUUGUUAAAGGACCAGGCGGCCAAGUGGGCGUUGCCGUUACUCAGGCAAGACUCCCCUUGCUGGCAGACUAUACGGGGUUUUGCAAUCGUUUGGAGGCCGCGUUCGGCAACCCCCAGAAAGAGAGUCAAGCCAACCGGGCGAUUCGGCGUUUGAAACAGGGCAAGUCCACGGUGGCCACAUAUACCACGGAGUUUCGGCUGUUGGCACAGGACUUGACCUGGAAUGACUCGGCACUGCGGGACCAGUAUCUCGAAGGGCUUUCGGACGAGGUACUGGACCAGUUGGCCACAAUGGAACGCCCCACCACGCUGGACACUCUCAUUCAACGGAGUCUACAAAUAGACGACCGGUUGGAGGAUCGUCGUCAGGCCCGGGGUCGCCGACACUUCCAGUUCACGGCACCAGCUUUUCCGGCAGUCCCACGGUCACAACUGAUUUAACGGAGGAGCCUAUGCAGCUCGGGGCAGUGCGGCCACGCCUUUCCCCGCAGAGAAGGCGCGGCGUCGGGAGGGAAAUCUCUGUCUUUACUGUGGCGGAAGUGGACACUUCGCUCGGUCCUGCCCUGAGAAACGCCAGCCGCAGGAAGCCGCCAACCCCAGUAGCUGAUGGCCCUAGCUACCGGGGUCCCAAACCGUACAGAAUGGGCCCGCACCAAUGGACUUGCAACAUCUUAUGGUUUCAGUACGUUUAUACCCUCCAGGUGGGCCCUGGAUCCUCACCCAUGCUUUGGUAGAUUCAGGGGCAACCCGCUCCUAUAUGGACGCUGCUUUUGCCGCCCAUCAUCAGGUGCCACUUGGAACAAGCCAGUACCGGUCCAGGUGGAAGCGAUUGACGGACGACUUCUGCGUUCAGGUGCCGUUACUCAGGAGACCCAGCCCUUGGUCCUGUGUCUCCAGCAGCACCGGGAGUUGCGGACUUUGGACAUUGCCUCUAUGCCCCGCUUCCCCCUGGUGCUCGGGAUGGACUGGCUGGAAGCCCACAGCGUUCAGAUUGACUGGGUCAAACGGACCGUGCACUUCCCAGACCCAUGUUCCCAUGCUCAAUCCGGAACGCUGGCGGCCGCGCCCUCAGAGGAGGCAGCACCCACGCUCCCAGCCGUGUACCAGGACUACCAGGACGUGUUCGAGAAACGGGGGGCAGACCAGCUGCCGCCACAUCGGCCUUUUGACUGCGGCAUAGACCUCCAACCCGGAGCGCCUUUACCAGUGAGUCGCUUAUAUUCCCUAACAGAGCCAGAGCGCGAGGCUUUGCAGGACUUCUUGCGCAAGAACCUGGAGCGUGGGUUCAUUAGGCCUUCCACCUCGCCUACCGCGGCACCAGUGCUUUUCGUUAAGAAGAAAUGUGGGGAACUCCGCCCUUGCCAUGAUUACCGAGCCCUGAACAAAAUUACCGUCCCAGACCGGUACCCCUUGCCCCUUAUCUCGGAACUGCUGGAGCGGGUGCAAGGGGCACAGGUGUUCACCAAGCUGGACCUCCGGGGGGCCUACAACUUGAUUCGGAUCCGAGCCGGGGAUGAGUGGAAGACAGCGUUUGGGACCCGGUACGGGCAGUUCGAAUAUUUGGUUAUGCCUUUCGGUUUGUGCAACGCGCCUGCUGUGUUUCAACGCUACAUCAACCACGUGUUUCAGGACUUGUUAGACAAGUACGUGGUGGUGUAUUUGGAUGACAUACUGAUUUACUCCCGUGACCCGGCUUGCCAUGAGGGACAUGUCCGGACCGUGCUGCAGCGCUUGCGUGAGCACCGUUUGUACGCAAAGCUCAGCAAGUGCGAGUUCCAUCAGCGGACUGUGGACUUCCUUGGUCACCGGCUCUCUCCAGAUGGGGUGCAAAUGGACCCGGGGAAGGUGACAGCGGUUCAAGAAUGGGCGGCACCCCGGAACCGCAAGGACCUGCAGCGUUUCCUGGGGUUCGCCAAUUACUACCGGACCUUCAUCGCUGAUUAUGCUCAUCGCACCACCCCGUUGACCCGGCUACUGCGCCCAAAGACGCCGUUUUCCUGGGACAAGGAGGCAGAGGAGGCGUUUCAGGGGUUGAAGGCCUGUUUCCAGAGGGCACCAAUCUUACAACAUCCUGACCCCUCUCGACCCUUUGUGGUGGAGACCGGCGCUUCCAGUACGGCUCUCGGUGCCGUCUUGUCUCAACAGAUUGGUCCUGAAGCGCCACUCUUACCCUGUGCCUUCUAUUCUCGCCAGCUCCUACCAGCGGAGCGUAACUAUACUGUGUGGGAGCGGGAACUACUGGCCAUCAAGGUAGCCUUUGAGGUCUGGCGCCACCAUCUUGAGGGGCACGACAUCCGGUGGAGGUGAGAACCGACCACCGGAACCUGGAGUACCUCCAGACCACCCGCAAGCUGAACCAAAGACAGAUCCGGUGGGCGUUGUUCUUUUCCCGGUUCCAGUUCCGGAUCCGCUACAUCCCUAGCUCUCAGAAUCAGAAGGCGGAUGCCCUGUCCCGGAAACCCGAAGACAACGCAGGCACGGUACAGCAAGCAGAACCCACCACGAUCCUACCUCCGGCUGCAUUCCUGGCCACCCAGGAGGCGCAGCCACUGCAGGUUCGGGUGCGGGAACAGCAGCGGGUCGACGCUUGGGCCCAGGAACGACUCCGGGAGCUGGCUGAAGGGUCCAGCCCACAGUAUCCGGGGCUGGUCCUGCAUCAGGGCCUUCUGCUGCACCACGGUCGUCUGUACAUCCCGCCAGGGCCACUACGGCUGGAGGUUCUCCGGAUGGCCCAUGAUGCCCCAGCAGCGGGGCACUUUGGACGGUAUCGGACCACCCAUCUGGUCAGUCGAGAGUUUUGGUGGCCCCGCCUGAAGGCUGACGUGGCUCGCUACGUUGCUGGUUGUGAUGUCUGCCGGCGCGCCAAGGGACCUACCGGGCGACCCCCCGGCCUACUUCAGCCAUUGCCAGUUCCACCGCGCCCCUGGCACACGGUUUCGUUGGACUUUGUAGUGGACUUACCCUCGUCUCGUGGCUGUACCUGCCUUCUGGUUUUCUCCGACCAUUUCACCAAGAUGGUGCACUGCGCUCCCUGUCCAUCUGUACCCACAGCCAAGGAAACUGCUCAGCUGUACCUUCAGCAUGUCUUCCGCCUGCAUGGACUACCUGAGCGCGUGGUGUCCGACCGGGGCGUUCAGUUCACAUCCCGGUUCUGGCGAGCAUUACACCAGACCCUCGGGACAGAGGUCUGCCUCUCGUCAGCCUACCACCCACAGACCGAUGGCCAGACGGACCGGGCGAACGCGGUGCUGGAGCAGUACCUCCGGUGUUACUGCAGCUACCAGCAGGAUGACUGGGUCGACCACCUGGCAUUGGCGGAGUUCGCCUAUAACAACGCGGUGAAUGCGUCCACCCAGCAGACCCCGUUCCAGGCCAGUUAUGGUUAUCAUCCACGGCUGUUUCCAGAGGUGCUGCCGGCAUCCGCGGUCCCGGCGGUGACGGAGUGGCUUCAAGAGCUCCAGUCCCAGCAACAGCUUUUGGUGGAGCAACUGCACCAGGCCAAGGAAGCGUACAAAGCCCAGGCCGACCGCCACCGCCAGGUGGGGCCGGAACUCGCGUCGGUGACCUGGUUUGGCUCUCCACUCGCCACCUCCACCCCUCUCGACCUUCGCGGAAGUUGGACGCCCGCUUCACCGGCCCGUUCCCUAUCGUAGACCAAAUCUCUCCUGUGGCAUUCCGUCUCCGGUUACCCGCAACCCUGAAGGUUCACCCGGUCUUCCACAGGUCCCUUUUGAGUCCGGUGGCCCCACCCGACGAGUUCCACCCGGACCGUCCCCGACCGCAGCCAGUGUUGGUUCGGGGAGAGCCUGAGUACGAGGUGGAACGCAUCCUGGACUCCCGAUACCGCAGGGAAAGCUGCAGUAUCUCAUUGACUGGAAGGGAGUACGGACCGGAGGACCGUUCCUGGGAACCAGCGGCCAAUGUCCACGCACCUGCCUGCCUCCGAGAGUUCCAUGCGACGUACCCCGGCAAGCCGGGUCCGGACCCUCGGUUGAGGGGGCCUGGGAGGGGGAUGGUGUGAUGGCCUGGGAUUCCGAUUCGGAGGAUGAAACAGAGGAAUCCCAGCCUGCACAGGAGUCCCCGCCUCCAGGGCCGGCUGAACUGGGGCAAGGCCUAGAUGCUGAAGAGCCUGCACCUGUGGCAGUGCAUCAGGAGCUGGCCCCAGGUGAAGCCCUUCUGGCCCCAGAGGGGCUUGAUGACUCAGUGGCCACAGGUGAGCCUCCUCCAGGGCCCAGUAACCCUUCGGCCUCUCCUGAUCUGCAGAGGCUUAGGGCAGAGAGGCGAAGGGAACUGGUUGCCCCCAGGAGGAGUGCUCGCCUUAAGGCCAGAGGAGGCGGGGCUCCUGGGGACCGGGACCGCCCUGGCCUUAGAAGAGGAUAAAAGCCCAGUCAGCCCGGCCCCAGGUUGCGGGAGCAACGUCGUUGUUGGCUCGGACCUUCCUGUGCUCCUGUUCCCUGCUCGGCUUCCUGUUCCUGACUAUCCGGUACUCCUGUUCCCUGCUCGGCUUCCUGUUCCUGACUAUCCGGUACUCCUGUUCCCUGCUCGGCCUCCUGUUCCCGACCAUCCGGUGUUCCUGUUCCCUGCACAGCCUCCUGUUCCAGCAUUCCUGUUCCCCGCCCGGCUCUCUGCCUCGGACCUUGCCCCUCUUCGUGUGGACUCUGCUACACCCAAGGUACCUUACCCCCGGGACCAGCACAGUUGAGCACUCGUGCCGUCCUCCAAUACUCUAGGUUCUUGUGGUCAGUGCGCACUUGCACCUUAUGUUGUGCGCCAAUUAGCAGGUGCCUCCAUCUCCGGAACGCCUCAUGAAUGGCUAGUAGUUCUCGGUCAUACACCGUGUAGUUCCUCUCGGAUUUGUUCAGCUUUCGCGAAAAAAAAGCACACGGUCUCCACUCUGACUCCUCCUUCCCUGGCUGCAGAAGCACCGCCCCAAUCGCUCUGUCUGAUGCGUCAGUUUCCACUCUCAUCGGUUUUUGUAAAUCCACAUGCAGGAGUUGUUGUUCCGAGGCGAAGGCCCUUUUAGUUCCUCAAAUGCUCGCUCCGCCUCCUCAGUCCAAACGAACUUCUUCUUACUGCUGAGACAGUCCGUAAUGGGCGCCGUCAGGUGGGCAAAGUUUGGGAUGAACUUACGAUAGAAGUUCCCAAAUCCUAGGAACCUCUGCACAUCCUUCCUUGUUUUGGGUGUUUUCCAUUCCAGCACCGCCUGGACCUUGCCGGGAUCCAUGGCCAAUCCCUUGUCUGACAGGCGAUACCCCAGGAAUUCCACCUCCUUGGUAUGAAACUGACACUUCUCCAGUUUCACCCACAGCUGGUUGGCUUGCAGCCUGCUCAACACUUCUCUGACGUCUCUCACAUGCUGCUCCUCAUUCUCAGAAUACACCAACACGUCGUCUAAGAAGGCCACACAAUUCUUGUAAAGCAAAGGCCCCAGGACGUGGUUCAUCAGCGAUUGAAAGCAUGCGGAGCCUGCUUGUAGGCCGAAGGGCAUAACCAAAUAUUCAAAUGCCCCUAAAGGGGUGAACAUGGUGGUUUUCCAUUCAUCCCCCUUCCUUAUUCGUAUCAGGUUGUACGCCCCCCUUAGGUCCAGCUUUGUGAAAAUCUUUCCCUUCCGCACCCUUGUCAAAAUGUCGUCAAUCCUGGGCAUAGGGAAGGCCACUGGUUCUGACACUGCAUUUAAGGCCCUGAAGUCACACACCAGCCUCGGCUUGUUCGUGUUUUUUAUCCACAAAAACACUGGGCUGCCCCCACCGCCCUGGACUCUCUGAUGAACCCUCUCUUCAGGUUCUUGUCAAUGAACUCUCUUAGCUCCUGCAUCUCUCUGUCUGACAUGGCGUACAGCUUGCCUACAGGGAGCUGUGCCCCAGGGAGUAAAUUGAUUUGACAGUCAAAGGGUCUAUGCGGGGGUAGUUGGUCAGCUUCCCUUUCGCUGAAGACGUCGCGAAGAUCUGCGUAUUGUCGUGGUACCUUCACGUUCUCCGUUACUUCAGUCCCUGCUAGGGUGGCUUGGGCCCCUGCCAAACCCUUUCCCUCUUUGCAGUGUUCUAAGCAAUGUGCUGAACCAAAAGAAACCACUCUCUGAUGCCAGCCCACCAGCGGAUCAUGUAACGCUAGCCAGCUCAUCCCCAAUAUAAUGGGAGCUCCUCCCAAGGUGGCCACAUUAAACGCUAUCAGUUCGGUGUGUCUUGCCACCUUCAUUAUCAUUGGGACGGUCUGCAAGCUGACUUCUCCUCCCAACAGCUCCCUGCCAUCGAUCGUGGUCACCUGCAGGGGUUGCUUAAAGGGAUCGUCUGUAUCUGGUGUUCAGCUGCAAACUCUUUGCUCAUGAAAUUGCAGGAGCUGCCUGAGUCCAACAGCGCCUUUAUCUUUAGAGGGUGUCCGUUUGGCAGCUCUAGCGCCACUUCUAUCACUAGGGCGGGUUUAGGAGGUUCUGGCGUGGGCACUCUCACUGCUCUUUGGCCUGGCUGCUGUGCCCCGACGGUGGCAGCCAGGCGUUGGCUUUUACUUGCUCCGGUAUUUCUUCCUCUCUUCCCUCCACAGCUCCUACCAUCCCUUGCCAUUCCUUCCUCUGGGGGCAGACUCUGGCAAAGUGACCUGGCUGUUGGCAGAGAUAGCAUUUCCGGGCGCGUUUUCCCUCCUUCUUUCCCCCCUCACUGGGCUUUGAAACUGUGCGCGCGCGCACUGUUCCGAUUUCCAUCGGCUCUGCCGGCGGGAAAGUUGGCUCUGGAAUGUCUGGAAUGCGGAACUCCUUCCAACGUUCCCCCUCCCUUCCCGCCUCUCCAAUGCUCUCCGCCUCCUCGCGCGCUCCUAUGGUCAGCGCUGAUUUGGUCAGCUGGUCCAUAGACUCCGCCCUGGGCGCCCGGGAAAGUUCGUCUUUCACAGCCGAAGAAAGCCCUUCUUCAAAGAGCAUUUGAAUGGGUUCCGCCGAUAAGUCCCACCCCAAUCUGUGAACCAGCAUGGUGAACUCAGUCCAGUACUCACGGACAGAUCGGCUCCCCUGUUUGCAAGCCAUUAACUGUCUGCGCACCACUCCCUGUUCAAUAUCGCUGGAAAACAUCAGAUCCAUGGCGCGAAAGAACUUCAUCGUGUCCUUUAGUACGUCACUAUUCGCUGCCAUCAGGGUCUAACCCAGUCUCUCGCCCCUUUUCAAGAUGCCCAAUCACGAAAGCCACUCGUGAUUCCUCGUCAGGGAAUUCAUCAAACUGCAGAUUGAGGGCAUAUUGCAUCUCUGUCCGAAAGCCAUGAUAGUCUUUGGGCUCCCCCCCAAACUUCUGCACCAAUCCUGGUACCUUUCUGGCGAGCUGGGUGGCUUUCCCCUUUGUCUGCAUCCUGAGCCCUCCUCUCCUCAAGCCUCGCCGUCUGCAGCGCUAGCUGGACCUCCAACACCCGGUACCUUUCUUCCAGGCUUGGACCCGCUCCAGCUCCUGCUUCUCCGGUUCCGGCUGGGUUGCUCAUGAUGCCUUCUCCUGCACAAGCUGCUUUCAAAGACUGUCGGAAUGCUGUGAUGGGAUGAUGAGCUGCUUGUGCGUAAAAUAGUAUCCCCUCAGAGUUUGUUCAAGUCCACAAACCUCUGUCUGUGACGGAGCCCCUCAGACAUGGCUCCUCUAGUCACUAGCAGAUUCCGACAGUGGUUGCUUCGGAAUCGCUUCCAACAUAAAAGCUCCUUAACGGAAACACGUCUUCUGGACUCUCUGCGUGACAGUUUCCGGCGAGGAGUGGGUGUUCCUACAGGAGGUCCUGAAACCUCCCCACUGUUUUCGCUGGAAGUGUCUCUGAGCCAUCCCUCCAGCUCACUUUCCCUCAGCUCAGCUCCUCUCCCCCUACUGGUUCCCUCUUCAGCUGCUGAGUCUCUCCCAACCUGUGUGAGCCCUUUCACCUCCCUUCCUUCCGAUGGCAGUUCCCUGACAUGGGGGAACCUUUUUCAACUCUAGGGUCACAUUCCCAUCUGGGGGCUACACGCCAGUAAUGAGUGAGGCCAGAGGCAAAAGUGGGUGGAUCAUCAAUGAAUAUAAACAUUACCUUUGCACAGUGGGCAAGUUUCUACACACAGCCUCACACACCCCUGUGCCUUCCAUCUAGGAAAGCAAGGACACAUUCCAGCCAUGCAGAAACAGUUGAUUGAGGCUGUGAAGCUAGGCUGGUAAAAGAUGUGCUCUGCAGAAAAAAAUAGCUUGGGAGGAGGUGUGGCUUGGAGAGACUCCCAAGGGCCAGAAAAAGAGACCUUGAGGGCUGCAUUUGAGUGCUGGGUCUGACGUUCCCCACCCUGCUUUAGUUAAUGAUUUGAUCCAUUGUAAUCCUGAGAGCAAAUUUUAAUUAUUGUGGUUGAGAGUUCCGGGAACACUGGUCUGUUUUUGAGGCUAAUUUGGUGUUGCUGUGUUAAUGUAACAAGGAAUGAAAAAGAAGGUAUUAAAGAUGGCCUUGCCUUUCAUCAGUGAACAUUACCUUAUAAUGUAAAAAAACAAAAGCUAUCUCACAGUUCCUUCCAAAUGUGUUGAUUUCUUCCAAACAGUUUACAGGCAGAUGCUUAAUCAGAUAAAAUUCUUUAAUCAGUGGACAGUAAUGAAACACUUUUCAUAGGGUAUAGAUCCAUUAGCAGUUGGAUGUGAGGAAUUUUAAAUAUACAAACAAGUUAAUACACACAUACAUCAACCAAAGUUACACAAGUUUAAAUCUCAUUGAUUUCAGAUGUCUAAGAUGUUUAUUUGGGGGGAUUAUGCUAUUAAUAACUACUAGGAUCACAUUUUUUCUUUCACUUAACAAAUCAACUGAUUUCAUUGCCUGUGCUUAGUUCCUUUACUGGAUUUAAUUCAGUGCUGAAUGCCAAACAAACAAUAGCACACAGAAGGAGAGAGGGGGGGAAAUUAAAACACCCACAAAUUAUCCUGACAGCCAAGUUUGAUAUAAGUAAAGAAACACAAAAGAAAAAGUUUAAUUUGUCCUGAUGUUUUGUUUGUGGCUUUCUUUAUUUCGAUUUCCCACUAGUUUUGCUUGUUAUGUACCAUUGUGCUGUUACUCCCAUUUCACCUAAUUCUUCACUCAGUUCUUUGAUGAGUCAGAUUUGGAAAAAAGCUUGUAUGGAAAAGAUUCAGUGCAACUAUAGACAGAAACAUCAGGAAUGUGUUAGAUCUCUUAAUUAGAAGAACAUGUUAACACAGUCUAAAUUAUCCACUCACUUCUUCCUUCCCUCCUUAAAAACUGUGGUGUUUGAUCUCUGAUGCCAUAGUCACACAUGCAAGUUUGCUGCAUUUGGACCAAGAGUUCAAGCAUUUCUUCCUUCUUUUCCCAGUAAUAGGAAUAGACAGAAAUACAAAAGAAAAUUAACUGAUGCAGUGCUUUGAGAUGUACACUAGAUUUAAAUUUCAUAACAAAAAAUUAUGUAAAAUAUUUUUACAUAGGCAUCUUUUACUUUAUGUUUGUGAGUAUAAGAACUGUUUAUAAGAUACCUGUUAAAAAAUUCAUUGUUUAUUUCAUUGUUUUUAUUAUUUGAUGUUAUUUAUAUAUUUCUGUAGAUACCGAAAUAAGAGCAUUUGUAAAUCAGUACAGAAAUUCCCCAUGGCAUCUACAGUGGAAAUUACCAGCCUUUCAGCAGUCAAUGAAUUCUAUUCUUGUAUCCUCUUAUCAGUUAUUACCUAUGUUCAGCAUUCAGUCAGAAGCACUUAAUUUGGAACAAUUGGCAUUAGCCUCUUAACAUGAUUACUAAGCUGCUACAUGUGUUUUAGUCUGUAGCUUAUUGUUGAUUUUAAUUAGUUUUGAAUGUUUUUUAAAUAAAAAAUAUGUCUUUUAUUGAUAAAUUUUAAUGUUUUAUGUUUUGUGUAAACUGCUUUGAGGUUUUAUUACAAUCAAUUGGUAUAUCAAUUUUGUUAAAUAUAAAUAAAUAAAAUUAGUCCCAUUUAGUUAUGUGGAACUUUUGCACAAGUAAGCAUGCAUAGGCUUGCACCCUUAGCUAACUUCAGUUCUUUAAUAUAAUGAUAUGAUAGAUUUAUCUUUUAAUAUCAUAAAAAGCAAAGCCAUUAGCUUUACUAUGCUGCUAUUAUCAUGCUGUAAAAUCAUUAGUGGUAUAAAUUUGGAAACAUGCAUUAUGAUGAUGCACCUUUGUCAUUGGUGCUAUUUCUACCAGUGUGUUGAACAACACUGGCUAGUAAAGUCAGGCAAAACUGCUUAAUUUAUUUAAAUGUAGUGUGCAUUUUGCUUGCAUAUGAAAGAGAUGUACAUACAUAUACACAGCUUAACAGAACUUUAACUUACAGAGAUAACAGAUAUUGUACUGGCAGCUGGUAGCAAUCGAGCACUAGAAGUCUUUGACCUCAAUGUGGGUUGUAGUGCAGCAGUGAUAGCGGAUGUUCAUUCUAGAUCAGUUCACCAGAUUUGCCAAAACAAGGUAAGCCUAAGAUCUCCUAAUAAUUUUAAUUAAAGCUUAUAUUCUAAAUGGCGAUGAGCAUGAAAGACUCCUGUUCAUAAUGGCACUCCCUUUCUUGGAAAGAUUUAGAAUUUUACAUGUCUAAUAAAUUGGAUAGGGAAGCAUCAAGCUCUACUUCUCAACCCACAUCGUUCUCUAGCUUGUUGCUACAGGGUGGUUGUUGUUUAGUCGUGUCCGACUCUUUGUGACCCCAUGGAACCAGAGCAUGCCAGGCACUCCUGUCUUCCACUGCCUCCUGCAGUUUGGUCAAACUCAUGCUGGUAGCUUCGAGAACACUGUCCAACCAUCUCGUCCUCUGUCGUCCCCUUCUCCUUGUGCCCUCCAUCUUUCCCAACAUCAGGGUCUUUUCCAGGAGUCUUCUCUUCUCAUGAGGUAGCCAGAGUAUUGGAGCCUCAGCUUCACGAUCUGUCCUUCCAGUGAGCACUCAGAGCUGAUUUCCUUCAGAAUGGAUAGGUUUGAUCUUCUUGCAGUCCAUGGGACUCUCAAGAGUCUCCUCCAGCACCAUAAUUCAAAAGCAUCAAUUUUUCGGCGAUCAGCCUUCUUUAUGGUUGCUACAGUAGUUCAUCUGAAUUACUCUCUACUGUGAUGACCAUAAUUAUGAAAAAGGAAAGCAACACCAUGACUCAGUAUGGGAAACGUUUUGUGAGUUGGAGAACUGGUGCUAACUUGCAUAUUCUAUUUGAAUAUCGGUAGCCAAGCAUAUAGCGGCAUAGUCAGUGUGGUGCUGUAUGAUUUGGCAUCUGCUUUGCCAAAUGUUCUGUUGUGCUCUCAGACACCCAAAAGCCAGAGGCAUAAGCAGCGUUGCAACAUGUUUUACACAUAUGUUCCAGAACAUUAAGAAUUAAAUAAGGAUAGUUUUGAGUGCCUAUUGAAUGUGGUCCAGAUAUCCCAUUUAUGAAUGCUCAUGAUUGUGUGUGCACGUUGAGGGAUACUAUGCUGAAAAAUUAAGAGUGCAGUUCAAGUUCUGAAAGCCAGCGGUAGGAAGUGAGAGGCCUCAAAACAUGGUGUUUCAGGCCGGGCACCAUCAGCUUUAGAUCUGCUGGAUCCAAAGCUCACCAGCUAUGCCAGCCUUGGGUUGGCAUAGUGAGGCAAAUGCCCCCCCAUUAGCUAUGCUUGGUGUGAGGUAGCGGGGCUUGGGAUACAGUGAUAUACCGUACUUUUCGGACCAUAGGACGCACUUUUUCCGUCUUAAAAACUAAGGGGAAAAGUCGGUGCGUCCUAUGGAGCGAAUGCAGGGGGCAGGCAGGCAGGAAAAGCCCCCAAGAGCCCCACACAAGCUUCGCGUGGCUCUUGCGGGCUUUUCCCCAGGAGGGAGAAGGGACUGACACCGCCAGUCAGUCCCUUCUCCCUCCUCUAGAAAAACCUUGCGCAACCUCUCCAGCCGGGCGGGGGAGGAUGCGCAAGGCUAAAGAGGAAGCCAGGGAAGCGAGCGCGAUCUAUCCCGUUCGCUGCCCUGGCUUCCUCUUUAGCCUUGUGCGCCUCUCCAGCGGGAGGGGGGGGGAGGCUGCGCAAGGUUAAAGAGGAAGCCAGGGCAGCGAGCGCGAUCCGUCCCGUUCGCUGCCCUGGCUUCCUCUUUAGCCUUGCGCUCCUCUCCAGCUGCGGGAGGCUGCACAAGGCUAAAGAGGAAGCCAGGGCAGCCAGCGCGAUCCACCAGAGGUAGAUCUUAACCCUUGCCUCACCUGGGAGCUUCUCUGGGCAGGAAUUCCCUCAGCUUAAGUGGGGUGGGGAAGUGUGGCAGGUAGGGGGGUACCUACCUAGACACUGAAGCCACAUGUCUCUCCGAUGAAAAUUGGGAGUGGGCAUUGUGUGAAAUGGCUUGGAUCUCCUGCCGCAGAACUGUAGGACUGUAUAGAGUUGGGAGGGCCACCCGAGGGUCAUCUAGCCCAGCCCCCUCACAAUGUAGGAAUCACAGCUAAAGAAUGCCAGGCAGAUGGUCCCCCAACCGUUGCUUAAAAGCCUCCAGUGGUGGAGACCCCCAACACCUUCCGAGGUCAUAGAAUUGCAGGGUUGGAAGGGAACCCUAGGAGUCAUCUAGUCCAGCCCUGGUGGACAGUGGGCGCAAUCCAUCCCGUUGCGCAAGGCUAAAGAUGCUGCGCAAGGCUAAAGAGGAAGCCAAGGCAGUGAGCGGGAUGGAUCGUGCUCACUUCCUUGUCUUCUUUAGCCGCACUGGAGAGGUUUAGCUCCUGGCUGGAGAGGUUGCGCGGCUAUGGAUCCCACUCGCUGUCUUGGCUUCUUUGCUCUUUGGGGCUGUGGGGGGGGGGUUAAUAUUUUUUCCCUUGAUUUCCCCCUCUAAAAACUAGGUGCGUCCUGUGGUCCGGUGCGUCCAAUAGAGCGAAAAAUACGGUAUCUGUUGCUCCACUCUAUUUCACUUCACUACUGCACAGCCCUAGUUAGGAUUGUUUGGGUAAACCAUUUUGGAAAUCCCUUUCAGAUGUGCCACCACGGGGACUGUUGUGUUCUGCUGUUUACACACAUCUGGCACACAUAUGCUUCACUGGAUUUCAGCCACCAUCUUCAGUCCCUUGAGAUGUAACUCAUACCACACCAUCCUCAGUUGGCAUGCUUUACUUCAGUAUGCUUCUUACAAGUAACUUGCAAACAUUGAUUUGUACCCUGAUAUUUAUAUUUACUUGGAAGUAAAUUUCAGUUAAGCAUAUUUCUAAAUAUUUGAUGCUUAGAUCACAAUCUUAGUUAAAAUAUUUUUUAAAUGCUGGAUUGGCAUCAUUAGAGCUAAAACAACAUUGCUAUUAUAAAAAAUGGUCUGUCAGCAGUUCCAUUUUAAUCCCAAUUUUCUUCUUGUAUUUAUAAAACGAAAAUAAAAAUUCACUCUUGGCUAAAGCUUGGUAGUCAGAAGGGGGAAAUGUUCCCAAAUUUAAUCUAAAUAGAUUCCACCUUCUAAGUUUCAGUAGUGCAAAACAGUUCCUGUGGUUUCCGAUAUUUCUUGUUAAUCUAUAAAUCAAGGUUUUAAAUGCAGUUUUGAAAGCUAAGUAUUCUGUAAUCUAGACUUUAUUUUUUAUUUCAAUGACAUGAAACUAGAUCAUUCUCUUAGAUGUCUGCUACAGAGAUAAUUUUAACAGAACAAACUCCAUUAAAAAGUUGCAUAAUCAGUCACAUGGAGGAAAGUAAGUCCAAACAGCAGCUUUUUGCUGCUGUUGCCACCCAUGUCUCCUGCUCCUGUCACAUUAGUGGUAUGCAUGUGAGUAUGCAGGUUCAGAACAGUUUGACAUGGUGGGUAAAGUUUGGCUUGGCAAGGACAUAUCGUGGAACCACAUCCUGGUUUACAUGUGGUAUUAGUAGGAAGCGUCUAUCCUCAUCAAUUUGAGCUAGUUGUCCUUAGCUUUUCCCUGUUUGGUUGCUUCACUGGUUAUGCUUUCUCCACAGUUAAGGAACUGCAAGCUUUUUUAAUGUUUGGAGUUCUGUUAAUAUAUGUCCGCUUUCAGGUUAUGAACAUAGAGGCUGUUCAGCAAGAUGACACAUGGAAGGGAGAGGGAGAACUCAUUUUUGCAAGGUUUCCAAAUAUUCCAUACCAUUGAGGAAAGUGUUUGAAGUUGCCCUGAGGGUCACUUCACACUUCACUGUGGCUAUGCCAGAUUUCCUGCAGGAAAGUGUGAAAGGAAGAUGCACAUUUCUUCAACUUGAUACUUGUGUACUGAUAUUUAUGUGUCUGCCUUUAUGGUUUAUGGUUUUUUUUAACAAUCUUUCCCAGUCUGCAUCUGCAUUAGAAUUGUUUUUGGAGAUUUUAAUUGUUGUUGUUGUUUUUUUUCUUUUGUGCUUGCUGCCCUGGGCUCCUUUGGAAGGGUAGGAUAGAUAUUUAAUCAUAAUAAGAGCUAAAAAAAAUACUAGGAAAUAAUGGAAUAAAUCCAGUACAGCCAUAAACAUUGUUUACACUCUGAAUCAGCACUUCGGGUCCUAUUUAAUACUAGAUAUAGGAUCAAUUGAACUUUUAUGCUUGUAGUUCAGUUUGCAAUAUGCAAUGGAAUUUGCAUGGGGCCAUUGGUAAUCCUGUGUAAAAUGCUCUUGGCAUCUCAUUAAUGAUGGUUGCCAGGUUCUGCGAUACGUAGAACAUAAGUUGUGGUGUUCAAUCACUGGAGAGUAAAGUUAAUGUCUUACAUGACUGCCUAAUAUAUUUGCUUGGGAUGUUUUGGACUACAACUCCCAUCAGCCCCAGACAGCAUAGCCAGUGAUAGUAUAAGUUGUAUUUUAAAACACCUGGACAGCACUAGGUUGGGGAAGGUUGUUCUAGAGAAACAACCCUGUAGGGGAAAGCUUCAUAGGAAAUAGAAUGGUAUUGCAAAAGCUAUAGCAGCUUGAUGAGCUGAUUAUGUGCAAGAUUCUGAUAUAAGUGUUUAAUGAAAGAAAUGAAAAGAAAACCUCCCUGUUAACACUUAUUCAGAAACAAUUAUGCACAAAGAUGUCUCUGUAUAAAAAGUAAACUGACUUUUUAUAUUGACUUGCUAUGUCCAUAGACCCUGAUUUAACCUUGGACUUGAAGUAAUUUACAGUCAUGGUGGUAUUUUUUUUUCUAAACAAAGGGUUGCUUCUCCACUUCAAUCCUGGGCAGAUGACACAGAAUUCACUGCAUUUUCUAAUUUGCCAAGUUGUUUCAGCAAUAUAUACAAGAAGUUUGGGGAUUACAGACACGUUGUGAUAUUGUAGUUGUUCCUCAUGCCCAGUUUUGUCUUCCUGCUGUGCUUAAGCUCAUUGGUUAAGCUACAGACAGCAGUCCGUCCUCAGUUCUGAAUGUCUUUUCUUUUGUGGUUUUAAAGCAGUUCCUUAGAAUGACUUUAGCAUAGGUUUUGUGGUUUUCUGAGAGCCUGGUCUGGUAUAACACUUAACUUUACUAAACUUCUGCAGUAUUAUUUGUAAUACAUCGAUGCUUUGACUUCUUCUGGCUUUUCUUUUUCCUCUGUCAGCAAAGUGACUUCAAGUUAUUUAAGUAGAGCACAUUUUGAAGCUGUGGACACACAUUCAUAUGGGGAGAGAAAUUGGAGCUUGUUUUUAUGGAAAAUUGAAGAUUACAAUCCUAAAUCAACUUUUGCCGUUUUGUAACAUACAUUAAAACUUUUAAGUAAAAUGCUUAGUGGUAAAACUCUAUGGCCACACUCCAGCAAGUCCCUUCAGAUGGAAAAGCUUUGGAAAGCUGCUGUUAGAAGAAUAAAAAAGAUGAAAUCCCACUGAAAGCAAAAGUGAUAUUUCUCUGGAUCAUAGUCUAUAACAACUACAUGUUGAUGAGAUAGAUGAGAUGCUGACUUUUACAUCAUAUUAGUAUAAGUCAGACAAUCUCUUUUAUGUAAAAUUAUCAAAUCAGCCUGUAGUUAAUAAAUCAUUCAUUUUUAAUGCAACAUGAUGCCCCAAUUUUCCUUAUAUGGUAUCAUUACGUAUAAAAUCCAUAAUUGUUUUGUUGUUGGGCACAAAGGCCAUGAUCCAGCACAGUUGUAAAGUACACUCUUAAGCUUGUUGUUAUUGGUGGGCUUAAACAUACUUCAGUCUGUGUUGGACUACGGAUACCAACAGAAUUUCCUUGUUUCAGUAUCCUUCUGGUAGGAAAAUAUGUGGUGAGGGGACACCUAGCUACUUUAAAUGAAUUAAAAUUUCUAGGGCUUGAUGAGCCACACCCAAGGGUACUAAAGGAGCUUGCAGAUGUAAUCCCAGAGAGUCUGUCUACCAUUUUUGAGAACAGGUGAUGUCCUUGCAGACUGGAGGUGAGUAAAUGUUGUCCCCAUCUUAAAAGGGGGGGGGGGAGUAGGCCCAAGUAACUACUGACCAGUCAGCUUGAUGUCGAUACCAGGAAUAUUCUAGAACAGAUAAUUAAACAGGCGGUUUGUGAGAACUUAGAAAAGGAUGCUUUGAUUACUAAGACUCAGCAUGGGCUUCUCAAAAACAAGUUAUACCAGACAAUUCUCUUUCUUUAAAAAAAUAGAAUUACAAGCUUGGUGGAUCAGGGGAAUGCUGUGGACGUAGUAUACCUUGAUUUCAGUUUGGCUUUUGACAAAGUCCUCCAUGAUUUUCUUAUGGAGUAGUUGGUAAAAUAUGGGCUGGACGAGGUAACUGUUACAUGGAUUUGUAGCUGGUUGACUGACCAAACCCAAAGUGCUCACUAAUGGUUCCUUAUCAUCUUGGAAGAAAGUGACAAGUGGGGUGCUACAGGGAUUUGUCCUGGGCCAACAACUUGGAAGAAAGAAUUGAGGGGUGCUCAUCCACUUUGCAGAUGACACCAAACUAGGAGGUCGCUAAUGCUGCAGAAGACAGAAUGUCUAAAGGGCAGUCACGUGUUAGAUGGAGCAAGCUUGUUUUCUCUUGCUCUGGUUGUGGACUCUCCUUCCUUGGAGGUUUUAAAGCAGAACUUGGAUGGCCAUCGGUUAUGGAUGCUUUAGCUGAGAUUCCUGUGUUAUAGGGCGUUCCUUCCAACUUGCAAUUCUAUGAUUCUAUAAUCCUCCAAUGCUGCUUAUGUAUAUAUGGCUCACAGCUAACAGCUUGCACAAUACUAUUCAAUGUCUCUGAGGCUGAACAGGAAUAUAAAUCUAGGUUUCCCAGUUCAAAGCCCAACAUUAGCCAAGGAAUCACACUGUCUCUUAAAUUAAAGUAACUAUCAUAAAUAUAAUUGCUGGUUCUUCCUUACCAGUCACUUAGAGGAAGUCAUUUCUUCAUUCUACAGCUGACAGAGAGAAGGGAAGAACACCCCUCCUCCUGUCUGUGUUGAGACCAGCUGCCUUUGAGUCUACCUUAACUGUCAUUUAGUUGCAACCAUUCCAUCAGGCUACAUGAACUGUUAACUUCCCAGUUGCUCAUUACAGAAACUAUAACAUUAAGAAUUGGUACCUAAGUUUACUUUUUUCCUCUUCCCUACUCGUCCCCUUCUCUCUUUUGCAUUGUGUCUUUUAGAUUGGAAAUAUGAGAGCGGGAAGUGCCUUGUUUUUAAUAGUUACGUAAGCCACUCUAAGAGCCUUUUUGGCUGAACAACAGGAUAAAAAUGCUCUAAAUAAAUAAAAAAAUGUAACUAAAUAUUAGCAAUUGCCACAAACUAUUUGAGGUUGUUUGUCUGAAGUUGUGCUUGCUGAUGCAUAUUUGAUUUGUAACCUCAUUCUAAAAAUGUGCAUAUACCUUUAGCAGGAAAUGGUAGUAUAGUUUUAGUUCUCAUGUUAAAACUAAGGACUAAACUGCGUCGAUUGUAACUAUGUUAGAGACAUGCCUUUAACUAUGUUAGGGACAUGCAUUUGACUCUUAUCCAUGUUAAGCAUAGAAUCUUCUGCAGAAAAAUAACAAAGAGCUUUUAUUGUUCUAGCUGUGACUUUCACGCUAAAUAUUAUCUUAUGCACCAAAAUGCAUAUGGCUGGAAUAUGGAUUCAGCAGUAGAUUUGAGUGUCAGAUAAUAUCUAAUGCACAGGUAGUUAACCUUUUUAUACCUACCACCCACUAAUGCAUCUUUCUUGAUGGUAAAAUUUCCUUACCGCCCACCAGUGCUCGAUGGAAGGAGGAUUCAGCUUGUGCCGUAGAACCCCCUACGGCCUACCUAGAAUCCGGAAACACCCACUAGUGGGCGGUAGGGACCAGGCUGACAACCCAUGAUCUAAUGUAUGCCAAAGAAUUGAGACACCAGUUUGCCAUCUUGGAAUAAUUAUGCACAGAGUAAGAUAUGCUAUCUUAUCUAUCCUUCCACUGAUGUAUGAUAAAAGUGCAGGAUAUUAUUUAUGCAGAGAUAACUUUGUCUGCUGCUGAAACCAAACAUCAUCCAGUAAAGAGCCUUACAAUUACUUCGAAAUAACAUUGAUUCCAAAGCUGUUGAAGAUGCAGCUGCCAUUGUGAUGAAUAUACCUUUCAGAUGGUUAAUAGAGCAACAAUGCCUGGUGAAAGAGGACAGCUUCUUUCACUACAGGGAUCUGAAACACAUAUACCCAUCUCUGUUUUAUGAAGAGAAUCUUGGAGGUUGCUUUUCAUGGUUGUUUUUGACACAGAAAAGGUUCAUGGAGAGGCGUAGCCUUGCAAAUCUGUGUUUUAGUUGUGAUCCCUGCAUUGCAGGGAGUUGCAUUAGAUGACCCUUGGAGUUCCUUCAAACUCUGCAGUUCUAUGAUUCUUUGAAAUCUGGAGCUAAUUUGGGGCAAUAACAUUUAAUAACAGCACUUUGGGUAGACCUUUCCAUGACAGUUACUGAUGUCGUGAGUUUUAACUUUUUUAUAUGGUUGUUAUUAUAUGGUUUUAUGUUUUGUUGUUGUAAGCUGCUUUGUUUUUUGUGAGGAGCAGUAUACAUUUUUUUUUUAAUAAAUAACUGGCCAAUUUCACUUAAGGAACAUCUUUGUUUUUCUGGUAUUGGAGAGGGAAAAUUUGUGGACCAUUUUCUUUCACAACAAUCCCACAGCAGAACUCCGUCUGGAAGAGCCACUGGAAUUCUGAUACUUUAAUGUUUAAGUGAUGACUAGGACUUAACCUCAUUGUACACAAUGAGACUUAAUUCUGAGUAGACACAAAUAGAAUUGCACUGUAAAUGAGAUCAAUAGGAAUUCAGAGAAUAUUUGUAUGAAAUGGCUAUAAACUAUUAAUGGCAAGGGCUUACAGUUACUUCUUUGUAAGAAAACACAACAUUGGUAAUACCGGAUCUUAUUUCUUCUAAUAUUUAUAUGACCUUUACCAGGAAGGAAAAUAUCCCUUUGUCAAUGCCAACUAUUGGAAGACAUCUCAAUUCUCAUUGCCAAUACUUUCCACAUUUGGUAUACUGGGAAUAACCUCUUAGUUUCUUCCUAAUGAUUUUCCUACCUACACUUUACUUCAGCAUUGUCUGUGUUUUAGCUCCUGUUAAUGUGAAUGAAUUUGUUUAUAUUGCUUGUGACAUAAUACCUCUAAUUUGGUGAUUCAAGCAACUAGCCUUCUCAGAAGUUGUUGCUGCAGUAAUUGAAAGCUGUUUCAAACAAGUGAAAUUGUUCAGCCUUUGCUAAGAUGCCUAUACAAUUUUUAGUGCAAUUUCCUUGAUGGUUAUUAUCUCUUGCGUAGGAUUCAGCAAUUUUAAACUAAUGUUUUGCAGGGAUCAGCUUUUAGCAGUCAGCAAUAUGAAGCUUACAAUCUUUUCUUAACAACAGCCAUUGGUGAUGGCAUCAAGCUCUGGGAUUUGAGAACACUGAGGUAACAACAGUUUAAUUGAGCCUGUGCGCAAAUGCUAACUGUGACAAAGGUGGUUGGAUUGUCACUAGGCACUAUGAAUCUAGGAUAAUCUCUGUUUUUGUGAACAGCAAAGCCCAUUUCCCCCCCUCAUGUUCAAUUUAUAUGUCUCUUUUUCUAUCAUGUUUAUGUGAAUUCUUUUUAACAUGUGUCUGUAUAUGCCUAGAUAUGUACUGAUGAUUCUGCAAAUUUACGUUUUGUAUAGAAUAACAGUUACAGUCCAAAGCACCAGUAGACUCUGUAAUAUAUAGAAUCAGAUUCUAUUUUUACUCUAAACCAUCCUAUUCUGACCUGAAGCCUUCCAGAUGUUUGGGACUACAGCUUCCAUCUGUCCUGACCAUUGACCAUGCUGGCUGGAGCUAAUGGAGUCCAAAACAUCUAGAAGAUGCCAGAUUGAGGAAGGCUGCUGGGCAGAGCAAUCCCAACCAGUCAAUUAUGCCAGAAGGCAGAUGUGCUAGUAUAUGAUCUUUGUAAAUUUAAACUGCAUCCUAAUGGCUCCUCACCAUCUGGGAGAGAUUAGGUUGUGGCAUAUCCUGCUACCCCACACGCCUGGUUGAAUUGACCUUCAGCUGGUGUAAGUGGCUUACCCUGGUAUAUCUACUUACACUGGCUGAGAGAAAACCUUCUUGCCAGUGUUAUGCCAGUGUAAAGGGCAAACACAGUGCUUGUUAAGAGUGGGAAAUGAGAGUAUCACAGCCAGGGAGAGUUACACUGCAUCCUAACUCCAUUCAUUGGUCCUAACCACAGAGUUUGGUGUACACCAUCAAAAAUGCAAGUAUAGCUAACAUUUAAGCCACGAGAGUCAGUGGAAGGGCAGAAAAUGCAGAUUUACACUCCUCCUCCCCCAGCCCCUUCCCCAGCCAGGAGCAGUUAAGAUACAGCUUAUUUUUCGCUCUAUAAGACGGACCCGACCAUAAGACGCACCUAGUUUUAGAGGAGGAGAACAAGAAAAAAAAUGUUCUCUCCCUCUCUGCGCAGCGCCUCUCCAGCAAAGCGGGAGGAGAAAUGGAAGGGGCUCCGUUUCUCCUCCCGCUUUGCUGAAGGGGCACUGCGCAACUCUCGCUCUCUGCACAGUGCCUCUCCAGCAAAGCAGGAGGAGAAAUGGAAGGGGCUCCGUUUCUCCUGCUGCUUCACUGAAGGGACGCUGCGCAGCUUUCCCUCUCUGCACAGCGCCUCUUCAGCAAUGAAGAGGCGCUGCACAGAGAGGGAAAGCUGCACAGUGCCUCUCCAGCGAAGUGAAGUCAGAACAGCAAGAGGGAUCGCUGCGCAGCGAAAGCAGCGAUCCCUCUUGCUGUUCUGGCUUCUGGGAUAGCCGUGCCAAGCCUCUUCAGGGCAGGAGGAGCGUUCCUCCCGUUGCCCUGAAGAGGCUUCAUGUGGCUAUCCCUGAAGCCAGGAGAGCAAGAGGGAUUGGUGCACACCGAUCCCUCUUGCUCUCCUGGCUUCAGCGAUAGCUGCGCAGCCUGCAUUCGCUCCAUAAGACGCACACACAUUUCCCCUUACUUUUUAGGAGGGCAAAAGUGCGUCUUAUAGAGCGAAAAAUACGGUAAUUUAAACAAGAGGUGUUGGUGUGUAUGUUACAUUUCUUCAACAUUUUAGAAUAUCAAUCUUCCAGUUGUAAAUAGCCCUGUGGUUUAUGCAGUGGGUGAUAUAUAAAUAACUUAAAUAAGUAAAUAAACCUGCCUCUUGGUAGAUUAGGAUUGCUCUGUCCAAAUGCAGGAACAUUUUUAAUACAGGUGCACUUAACCAGGGAGAUGGUUUAAGUCACAUUUUAAAAUCUAUGUACAUUUAAGAGCGCACAUGGCGGUGAAUCCUAUUCUGAAGCAACGGAACUUUGGAAUUAAGUAAUGAAACACACCCUUUUAAUCUUGAAAACCUUUUUCAUCUUAUCUGACUUGAAAAGCAUUUCAUAUGCAGAUUAGAGCAGAAGAACAGAAAAAACAUAUAUGGGGAAAACGGUGUUUAUUAUUGAAUUGUAGAGGAUGUAGAAGUGAAGUGUGUUUGAAAAACUGCUUUGGAAGAAUGUGGCGGCCAGCUUAAUAUCAGUUGAUUUUUUGGUUAUUGUUUUAUAAUUUAAUCUUAUCUUUUUUUAGAGAGUUUGUAAGAAUGUGCCAAAAUACCCCUACCAAAUGUCAAAAAGUAAUAAAAUGAGAUACUUUGGGGGUUGGACUCUGUUACAUCCUUAUGUUUUUGUAAUCAACUGGUCUAACUACAAUUCAUGAAAAAUGAAAAAUUGGAAAGUUUUUCACAGGUCACUUAUCUACUGCCUCCUUUUCAAACAUUAAUUUAAGUAAAGCAGUUGAAUGGUAAAAUAGUUAAAAGAAAAAUCUGGGUAAGCAGUUUAACUGUAUUGUAGCUAAUGGCCUUGCUGUAUGAUGUGUUAUUAAUGUUGUCAGGUCUUUUUUAUAAGAGUCUUUCUUUCCACUCCUGUUUUUUGUUUUCUCCUCCCUUAUUUCUGUUUCCACACUGUUUCUUUCAGCAGCAUUAGUUGAUUUGAUGUGAUGUCAUAAUGAGAUUGUGUUAGUUGGUGGGUUAUAUCCCCAGCUGUCAUUGACUUAGUGGGCUUAAUAUCCACUGUAUGCUUAGAGGGCUUGUAGAGACUUUAGACCCUGAAUUAUAAUUCUAUAAAUUCUGUGGGCCUUCAGUGUGAAAAUACUAAUUUCCACUAGCCCAUCUUUUAAUGUACACCAUGGACUGUUGAAUGAAAUAUUCAGAGGUUGUGAACCUUCUUCUAAUGCAUGAUUAAACAUAGAAGCAAUUUGUUUAUUUUUUUAAAAAGAAGUAGUGCUUUAUUUAUUUAAUUAAACCCUUUCUGAAGGUGUGAACGUCAUUACAAAGGUCAUAGUAGCCGCUGUCACCCUUGUGGAAUCGCUGUUUCUCCUUGUGGACAAUUCAUUGCCUGUGGAUCUGAAGAUAAAUGUGUAUGUAUUAGUAGUUUAUUUCUAGUGUAUAUAUGCUAUUGUAAAUACAGAAAGUUUGUGAUCUCUUAUAGCUUUUUGAACUUACAGGAAUUUGGAAUUGUUGACCUUUUAAUUGAUUCUUUUUUUUUUUUUACCUGAACUAAAUUCAAGAAUUCCAUCACAUCUGUGUGUUUAUUUGGAUUUUGGAACUUGUUGCAUAUUUCAUAAGUUAGCUAUGCUAUUUUAUUAUUUCAUGGAGAGGAUGCAUCUGUUUAUAUGAAACUACACCUAUGUCUGGUAAAUCCAGGUGUGAGUCUGGGGAGUAGGUAGAAAGAUGAAGACCAGGACUAAGGGAAAUUGAAAUUUGAAUACUGUGAAAACAUAGGCUGCCAUUUCAUUUUUCCAUGCAGGGAAUGGGAAAGGAAUUCCGGGGUGGCGCCAUCGGUAAUGGCGGACUCCCUCUGAUCCGGAGGGACUGGCUCUACGGAAAUAGGGUCUGUUCCGCUACGGCGAAGCGGGGACCCUUUAAAAAAUCACAGGCGGGUGAAGUCUGUGACCGUGGGACUCGGCGGGCACCUUUUGCGCCCCGCCCCAAUUUGUAAAGGAACCCAAUUACAGGCUCCGGAGCGAAGCGGGGCAAGUGGCGCGGUGCUGAGAGUCAACUGCUUCUUCCGUGGAGCGAAGCCGCACAGCCGUUACCGGAGAGCACUACCUUUUUCCUGUGACAAUCUGGCUACAAAAACAACUACCCGUGAGUAGGUUAAAUUUGGACAAUUGGACUCUAAACAACGACCCGUGAGUAGAACGGAAAAUUGGACUAAGAAAUUCCUUUUAAUUUGGCACUGAAGCGGGAAGGUCUAAACAGGAAGUCAGCCUUCCGCUUUUUGUAGAAAGAUUAAAGCAAAGACAUGGCAAGCUAGAGUUUAGAAAAUCGUUUGUAAAGGAUCAACUUUCAUCAUUUAAAAUUACUGAACCCCCCUUGGAAGCAGGAGAAGAGGGGGGAUUUUUUCUGGACUGUUUAAACCUGCAGAAGAGAGUGUAAAGAAAAGCAAUUUUCCACCGUCUUGAACCUGGGAGCGGGGUGUCAGGACAGACAUUUUCGGGAAGUUCAUUGACUAUAGACAAACGUUUUUGACAGAUAGUUAAAAGAAGAGAAACAUAGUGAUUCCAUUGUUCUCCUUCGCAGCUAAAAGGAACAAAAUAUUGACAAAAUAUCUGAAAAAGGAAACUUUGUUGUUAGAUCUGCUUUAAAAAAAAAAGAGAGAGAGAUGGAUACAAAUAGAAGUUCUUCCCCUAGAGGGAGCUUGUGAAACUGUUAUUAAUCUGAACGGGGGAGCUUUGCAGCUGCAAUAGAUUAAGAUCGUGGGAUCAGACUUUGACCUUGCACAACAAUGUACUCUGAGGCUCUGGUGCGUGCUUUCUGCAAAACAAGUGCUUUAUUGGAACAGUUACAUGAGAAGACGGAUUUGAUGACUGAUGCGAUCAGAAAUUUUGGACAGGUAGUGGGUAUCUAUAUAGAACCCACUCAGGAAUCAAUUCAGGAGUGUGCUCUGACAGAUCAGAUGAGGGAGGAGGUUGUGUCUGGACCUCGGGAGGCAGAGAUGGAGGGAACUGUGGCCCAGCAGGAACAUGAGUUGUUGGAUCUGACGACUGAAUCUGGAAAAAGCCAGAUUUGGAGAGAUAGAGUCUUGUUUGGCUUGGAGAUGGGGGGCUGGAUAGACCCCCCUAUGCAGGGAUGUUUUGAAUUUUCAAAUCUGGCGUUGGGCUGGGAGGAGCUUGGAGUUGUGGGGGUCCUCAACCUUGGAGGGACCUUGAAACAUGCCUUUAAAUACCACAUGGAGUUCAGUGUGGACUAUGGAAAAGGGGCUGAUCUGUUGAGAAGGGACAAAAAUAUUGUCAAGCUGGAGUCUCCACGAGUGAAAGGAGCAGAAGACAAGGUAAAGUACAGGUAUAAAUGUGAAGAAGAUCUGCGGAAGGGACAUGGAAGAGACUUAAGGGCCUCGGACAUAAGGUUACCAGGUUGAUGAACUAGAUGGAUGGGAUAGAAAGGACUGACAAAACCCAAGACCAGGAGGAAGAGACGUUGGAUGAAGAUUGGAAGAAAGUUUCAAAAAUUCUAUUUAGGAAUGUUUUGUAAAAUUAAUGAGUAUUAGAAAAAUGUUGGAACGAAAUUAUUUGUCUUUAGCAGAAAUGUUAAAAAGAACUAUGUAAGAAUAUGCUAUGGUUAUGAGAAAUUGGUAUAAAUAAGAUUUAAGUUUUAAGUUCUAGGGUUUUUUAUGGUAGAAUAAGGCUAAAAUAGAUUAAGGUAAUUUAAUGACAGAAUAUUAUGAAAAAUGGAAAGGAUUUGCUGAGAUAAUUAACAACUAGAAUACAAAAAAGGGAGGUGUGAGGAGGUCGAUGAAACAAGGUAAUGACAGUUAAGGAUUUGAGAAUACUGGAUCUGCUUUUAAAUUUUUUUUGUUUAUCUCUGCUUUUUGAUUUUGAUGUAUUAUGUGUUUGGCUUUUGCUUUUUGAUUUUGACUUUUAUCGAUUUGUAUUGUUUAAUUGUUAUCUGUUUUUUUUCUUCUUUUCUUCUUUGUUUUUUUUGUAAUCUUAAAAUUCUCAAUAAAUAUCAUUUAAAAAAAAAGGGAAAGGAAUUCUAAAGCAAGUUUUGAAAGCUUUUUCCUAAUAUAUACAAGACUAUAGUGUAAAAAAUAAAAUGGAAAAUGGCACAUUAAAAGAUAAGAUGCUGUGGCUUAGGCUAUGCAUGUUCUUGAAGAGUAAUUACAUGAGCUCUGAAGUAUGGGAAGGGGUUGGGAUACCGUUAUGAGGAAACUGAGCCAGGCCCAAAUUGGCAAGAUACCUAUUUUAGUAUUUAUGUAAUUAGGAGGAAUGUUCUGUGGUUUUCCUCGGUAUAUUUGGGGAACAAUAAUGCAAUUGAGGAUGCUCCUCAGGGUGGUGAUGGCUGAUAAUUCACUUCUACCUCUUUUAGGCUGGAGCAUGCCCUACAUUCUGAGCUUUGCCUCAAAGUAAUUACGGUUUGCCAACCCAGAUUAAGUGGGAAUAGCCUCCCGUUCACCCAAUAUGGAUUUUAUUAUGUGAUUCUGUGCAGAAGGGUCUCGCUCCCAUCUCCCCAUCAAUUCUGUUGGCCAACAGUGAUAUUAUUCUUGACUCUAAAUAGUGGAAUCCAGAAACAGAUCUGUUAUAUAAGCUUCCUUUUUCCUGUUAAGCUUGCAACGAUUGUUUUUGUGACAUACGCAGUUCCAUUUAGAGAGUUUAGUGCUUCACCUCUUCUUUUAAAGAAAUGUGUAAUGAAUAAGAAGCCAAAAGAAGCAAUAAAAGUAGGAUUAUUAAUCAUAAACUGCCUUCCACAAGUGUUGGAUGGGGAAGAAUAUGUGUUUGCUGCAGUGCUUAAAAACAAAAUGGAAACCAUAUUCCCUCUUGAUUCUGGGACAGGUUACUGUAAACAAGAGUUUCAGGUGCUUUGCCUCCUGUUUCCUCCUUGUAAAAAUAGGUUGGGGAGCUAUGAACUAAGAGUUCUCCAUUCUCCAAACCAUUCCUGAGGAAGCCUCCCCGCUCUACCACCCAUUCACUUUGGGAGGCUACAGGGGGCUGCAGCCAAGAAGAGGGGUGUAAAAGUGCUGUUCUAUUUGCAGUUUGUUGAAUCCAAGCUAGUAUUUUAAUUUUAGUGUUGUAGCCUUAGCUCUAUGAAUGUUGUGAAUUAUAAAAGGACCUUUGAAGAAUUCAGGAAAAUAAGUGUUUCAUGGGGAGAAGGGUUGGAGAAUAAAAUUACAGCAGAAUCCUAACCAUGCCUACACAGAAGUAAGCCCUACUGAAUUCAAUGGGGCUGACUCCCAAGGUAAGUGUAGUUAGAAUUGCCACCUCAGUUACUAGUUGGUUAAUUAGAUGCCACCUUUCUCUAAGGUGAAAGUAUACAUAGGAUUCCCAGGUGGUCUCCCAUCUGAGCACUGACCAAACUCAGACCUAUUUAACUUCACCAUGGUAGUUAUUAUUAUUAUUAUUUAUUUCAUUUAUAAAUUGCUUCCUGAAGUGAUUUACUGUUGUCUCAUGUGCCUUCAGACCAUACUCUAGGAGUUAAGUUGACGGAGUGCUUGUGUCUGGUUCCAAAAUUUACACACACUUAAAUAAUGGAUAGGAGCAUUCUGGAUGACCUUCACCUUGCCCUGGGACCUGAGAGGUCAUCCAUGACAAGCAUAGUGAUGUUAAAUUCUCGAAAAUAUUCUCACCUCACGCAGACUGUUAAUAUCCUUUUUUUUUUUUGGCCAGAGGAAUGAGAAUUAUUAAUAUUACAGAGAAUAAAAGUAAUGCUUAGAAGAAGCCAAAAAGAAUAAAUAUGUCCAGCAUGAAGUGCAAAUGUUUAUCAUGAACACUGAAAACUGGGAUAUGAACGUAUACUCCUAAAAGUAUGCCUUGUUUCUUGAUUAUUUCAUUGGAGGUUUAGGCCAGAAUAGUAUGUGAUAACUAUGGCUUCAAAUACUGGUUGUCACCAAACACCUGUAAAAAGGGGACUUAGGGGUGAUUUCAAGUGGGAAAAUGGCAAGCCAAGGAGUGCUGAACCUUUUAUUUGCUUGCUGCUUUUCCUCUGGCAGUGUCAUGGUGGCCCCUGAAUUCCGUGAGGACCCUGCCCUUCCAGUGACCCAAGAUUUGGGUGAGCAAGCCUUUGGGAAUGACUCCCCCCCCCCAGGUUGGCUUCUAGGAGAUGCCCUGGAAGAACCUUCAGGGUAGGUUCUUGACCCACCCCUGGCAGAUGAGUCCCCAGUCAAGUCAAGGGAAGGUUGAGUCACCCCUUCCAAUCCUCAAUAGAAAUGGUGCUAGGAGGUCCAAGCCCAGGCAGCUGUUGGUCAACAGAGUGCAAACCUGAGAGUCUAGUGUCACUGCUUGACUUGAGAAAAGGAUUUCUUGAGAGUAAUGGCAUUCCUCAGUAGAAAGGGCUUUUAGAACAGACUUGAGUAUGUGCAUCUGGUGUUGGUUAUGUAAUAUUCCUUCAGCUCUUGCUCCUGGAAUCUUCUGACUGUCUUCUAGCUGCCACCCUCUAAAUCUUGUGCUUGACCUCUGCUUUAUACUGCUUGGUGCUAUCAUGUUUUGGACCUGAGUCUGCAACGGACUCUGUUGUGUAGUCUUGCCCUACUCCAGCUACACUGGCAGAAGUCGGAAAGGCAGCCUGUUUCCCCUGCUGCUUUGACAACCUUCUGUUUCCCAAAUGAAAUCACACAUAUACACAUGAUUUACAUUAGUUUGGCAGGAACCACUGUUUGAAGAACUGCCACUGUAAUGCAGUUAGGAUUGGAGAUGGCAUAAUCCUUAACCAUUGUUAAGGCCAGGGAUGAGAAUUGAUUCCAUGAAGAUAGGUGGCAUGUGAUUCCAUAACCUGCUUCUGAUCCCUUAACCAUGAUGUAAGCAUUGGGGUGCUGCCUUCUGUUGGUAGGCCAAUAGAAUUAUUAAACAAAAUUCCAUGUUUGUUGUCUGAGAGUCAUCUGACUGGGUUGAAGUUGCCAUUUAGUUUCUUCUAAAGUGACAUGUUUUUGUACUGCACAAGUAAAACAUUUAAGAAAGUGCUUCAAUAACAUUGAAGCAGUGCUUCAGUAACAUUUCCUGACUGUGUGUAUGUUUUUCAAAAAUUCAUAGUUAAAAUGCCCAUCAAUCAUCCUCUAAGGCAGUGAUGGCCAAACUUGGCCCUCCAGCUGUUUUGGGACUACAAUUCCCAUCAUCCCUGACCACUGGUUCUGUUAGCUAGGGAUGAUGGGAGUUGUAGUCCCAAAACAGCUAGAAGGCCAAGUUUGGCCAUCACUGCUCUAAGGUUUCUGACUGCACAUGCAAAAAGGAGCUUCAAGUCUGUAUUCAGCGAUACACAGUGUCAUUCUAUGUGUUUACCCCAUCUUCAGCCUCUUGUUACAAAUGUUAUAGAAAAUUAAACUAGAAAAUGGAUGGUAACUGGGCACAUCUUCAACAUAUGUGGUAUUAUAGUGUCCCUGCUCAACUCACAGAGAUAGUGUGUUUCAUUAUCUACUUAAAUAUAUAUAUAUAUAUCUAGAAAGAAUUUAUAUCUUGGUGCUUCUUUUUUGUAGCCCUAAUAUAACGACACCAGCAAAUUCUCCUUUGAACGUAAUUGAUUUUGAAAAUGUGCUGAGAACAAUCUGUACAUUUCCAAUAAAAGGAAACAGAAGUAGGUGUGAGGUUACAUACUCAGGAAGGCCAUAUGGAUGUGAAUAGUAGAAGUAAACUAUUUUUACUUCUAGCUGAACUGGGGCAAAGAUGAAAAGGAAAUAUCAGUAGUUUCUGAAUCAGUCAUUUUUAUUAUUAGGAAUAGGGUUAAAUAUGAAAAAGUGAAUUUACUUUGGCUUUAGUAAACCAGAUUUAUAUGCACAUGUGAAUUUUCACUAUUUGUCCAUUUCCUUCAUGGCUCUUUUCCUCUCUUUAUAACUUGAAGUUUUAAGGAAAUGUGUAACCUCUACCACUAAAUCACAUACCUGAUGGAUUUUCAGAGUAACUGCUAUUCAUUUAGUAUUUUUCCAGAAAAUUUAGUAUUUCAGAAUUUCUUACUGGUUAGUAAUGAUUGUAGAACAACAUGUGAUUUUAUCAUUGGUUGUAAAUCACUUUGAGUGGUCUUUUUUUAGCAGGAAGUGAUACAUAAAUUUCAUAAACCUAACUUAAAGUUGUAUGAAUGCAAUUGAAAUCUAAUAAAACUAAUCAAGAGGUGGGGGCAGAAAGCAGUAAAUGACUGCUACUACUGAGUGGAAACCAAGAGGAAGGAGAGCCUCAUGAUCUUACUAGUGGUUAUCUGUUGUGUAUGGCCCAAACAACCCCACGUAGGUGGAAUUUUCUUCAAUGCACUGGGUCUCACAAGGCCUCUGAAAAGGCUUUGCACUUCUCAGCACUGACACAAGUUGAUGAUAAGCUGUCUUCUGCAUUUGGAUGGAUAAAAAGAUAGAGUAUAAAAAUACUUGAUGAAUGUCUUCCUCUAAUACUGUGUGUGUGGCAGCAGCGUGUGAAGCCAGUAACUUGUUCUUUCUGAAAAGAAGCUAGCACCAUAUUUCUAGCCUCAAGGAAUUACAUGUGUAAUGUGUUUUAGACCGAGCUGCCCAAAGCAUCAAUUGAAAGUCCACCUUUAUAGUAUGGAUAUAUCAGCGAGACUAUGCAACUGCACUGACCAUCAGUUUACCUGUAGAUGGAAUUCUAUAUGAUAGUUUUUUACCUAUAUAAUUCCCUGAAGGACUAGAUCCUCCUUUGUGUUACCUACUGAAGUGUAUGUGGGUUCCCAUGAAGCGAGACACAGUGAUAACAGCAAGAAAGUUUAUUGAAGUAACAGAACUGAACAACGGGGGCAAAGCAACUGCUUAUAUACUCUGAAGGCCUGGGCCACUCCUACUCUCAACGUGAUUGGCUGUCUAAAUUCCCAAGCUGCGAAUCACAACUCAGAGUUUAAGGGCCAAUGGCAGUAGCCCAAAUCCUGAAAUGUUCUGUGAUUGGAUAUCAUGUAUCAAAUCAGAACACAAGGGCUCAGAAUCCUUAGUCCAGACUCAAGCUCAGGCAAACACAGACCACUGAAUACAUAACACCUACACUGAAGGUACAACUCCUUGUUAACUAGUUGAGCUUCUUAUCUAUGAGAGGCUACUAAUAGUGCUCUCUCAGCUUAUCUCAGUGAAAAUCAUGUCAUUGUAAAAAAAAAGAAAAAAAGGUGGAAAAGCAGUUUAAUAUUUUUGGAGUUACUUGAGAUAUUACUAACAUUACAGUUAUAUUUAUAUAUGGUAAAUAUAUUGUAACUUAAAGUGUGAUGAAAAAGAGUCUGUAAAUACUUUUCAUUCUGACCAAACUUAAAUUUGAUUCAGUGAUUGAAAUUUAUAUAAUGGUUUUGGUUUUUUUUACACUACUGAACCCUGCUUGUUUUUUUUUCUUCAAAAAUGCAAAUUACAUUAGGUGCUUCUGACAGCUUUAAUUGUGUGUUAUUUCUUUCAGGCAUAUAUAUAUGAGAUGCAUUCAAGCACUUAUUCCCAUAAAUUGACUGGACACACAGAAUCUGUCAUCAAUGUGGCUUUUAACCCUUCAUCUCCUCAGGUAUUUUUCUUUGUUUCUCAUUUAUGAAUUUUAAUUUCUAAUUGCUUUUAGCAUUAAUCAGAUACUGAUUUCCCCCCACUGCUUUUUCCUAUGCCGUCGUAUUUUCUGUUAUUAAUAUCAUUAAGGGUCAAUUAUAUUUGCCUUAUUUAUUAAUGUUUGUGGAAUGACUUUCCCACUGAAGUGCAUCUUUCUCCAAUUUUAUAUUCAUUUAGCUGUCAGGUAAAAACCACACCUUUUGUCAGGUUUUAAGAGGCUAAGUUAUGUCAUUUUCAUGGUGCAGCUAAUUACAUUAUUUAUAUAUUUAACUGGAUUUAUUUUGAAUGCUUUGCACCACCUUGUCCCUAUUCCUCCCAGUAAGCAACAAUGACUACUUUCCAGGAAGCUAACAUGCCAGCUCCAUUCCACCCAUCACGCCACUUCUGGUGACGUAUAACAUUUCUGAAAAUACAAUCAUUUCACAAUUUAAUAUAGCUGAUUAUUUGUAAGAAAUGUGACUGUAUUUCAGAUAAAGUUAUAGUCGUACCUUGGAAGUUGAACAGAAUCUGUUCUGGAAGUCCGUUCGACUUCCAAAACAUUUGAAAACCAAAUCGCGACUUCUGAUUGGCUUCUGCAGCCAAUCAGAAGCCAUGGAACCCCGUCGGAGGUUUGGCUUCCAAAAGAACGUUCACAAACUGGAACAAUCACUUUCGGGUUUGCAAUGUUCGAGAGCCAAAACGUCCGAGUUCCAGGGUGUUCGGGAUCCAAGGUACGACUGUACUUUAAUUGAAUAUAUCCUGACUGAUUACCAAGUAGGCAUUGUAGUAUGAAUGUUUUAAAGGGACUUUUUCAUUGUGUAUUUUAAUUAAUUAAAUUAAUUUAUUAAGAAUCUUUAUAUUGUAUAAACUUGUGUAAUUUUUUUAUGCUUGUAAACUGCUUAGAAGCCUAUUUUAGAAUUAACUGGUAAAUAAAUGUGAUAAUAUUUGUCAUUAGGGAAAGAAUAUUUGAAUCUUGCUGUCAUUUAAGUGGGUCAUUUUAGCUAGUGUAACUUUGGAAAUCCCCCUUUCAGUUACAGUUGCACUUCAGUUACAGAUAGAGGAUGUUUUCUAUUGAAUUUUGGUGUGGAGGUACCUACCCACUGGCCAGUAGGGAAAUUUACAUCCAAUACAAGUUUCCUAGACAGCAGAAUUUUUAGGGCUGAAAUCAUCAGAAUUUAUUUAUAAUUGGAUAUAAGUAGUAUUGGAUGUGUCUAAAAAUACGAGUUACUGAAUUUUUACUGGCUACUAGGAAAAGCUUGUUUUCCCUGGUGACAACAUCUGGAGAACUCAAGUUUAGAAGAAAGACAUAUAUGAAAACAUUGUUCUUCUUUGGUUCAUUGCCACCUGUUCACUUAAUCAUCAGUAGCAUGUAAUUUUCCACAAGCAAGCUAUGUUUUGUAGUGAUAGGGGAAAAUCAUUUUUCUUUUCAUCAUUCACCAAAUUUUGGCUUUGACUUGGCAUUAAAUUAGGUUAUUCCUCUGUGGCUUGCCGUGUGCUUUCCAUCAUGUGAAAGAUUGCAAGAUUCUUUAUUAAAAGACAAGCAUCCUGAUUCUCAAAGUUGUAUUGUGAUUGCAAUAAUGCAUUAGUUGUGAGGCAGAAAGCUCUUAAAGACAGAGAUUUACAUGUGGUUUCUUCACAGCUGACCUAAACUGGGUAGAUUGGAGAUAUGGAAUCUCUAAGUCACCUUUAUGAUAUAAUGGUUUCCAAGAAUUUAUCAAGUAGAAAUGGAGUACCGUUUUGCAAGUGGCAAGUAGAGAGACGGAAGUAAAAGGAAGCAUUGCUGUUUAUAAUAGAAAACACAGGGAAGAACAGGGGUGAAAACAGCAUUAAUUGAAAUGUCCUCUUAAUAUAAGAGAAGUAGCCAAGACACAUUUUGGGACAUACAGAUUCACCCAUUUUUUAAAAGAUAAAUUAGGGGUGUGCAUUGCAUUUAGACAAAUUCCGAAUCUUGAGCUGAAUUGGAUUGAUAAGACAGUAUUUAGGAGCUGCAUGACCUGAAGCAGGAUCCCUCUGAAUUGCCACAAAUAGAAUCAGGGACAUCUGAAGCAAUUCAGGCCAGUUUGGAGAUUUCAGUGUUUAAAAAACUGCAUGCCGUGUUGAAAUGUUUCUUCCCAAGCUUGUCAUAUAAGAAAAGACAUGCGGGGUGAGAGGAAGGAGGGAGAGCUGGGGUGUUUAGCUUUGUAACUGACAUAUCUAGCUUUUAAUCAGGUGGAAUGAUUUUACCAGGACUCUCAAAUAAGAAUGCUUUGGGGAAUGAUUUUUGUUAUCUUCAAUAUUUGUGUACGCUUGACAUUUUGUCUCAGAGGCUUUAAGCAUGCUAAGACAUCAGAAGCAAUAACUAAAGUGUAAUAAACAUUUCUGUUUUGACUAGACAGCAUAGAAUAAUUUAAAUCAUCUUAUUUAUUAAAGGAAAUAUGAUCAGAAGACUAGAUGAUGUAAAAAUUGAAUACUGCUUCUUUCAGAAAUUACUACUUACUUCUUUCAGAAAUAACUGCUUACUAAUAAUGGCAUCAUUUAUGUCACCACAAAAUCUUUCCCUUUGUCAUUGUGAUUUCAACCUUUCUGGAUGAGACUUAUUUAAGCUGCAACAAAACCAAGGGCAAUAUGACAUCAAUAGUGUGUGUCAUUUGGAGUCUUUCAACCAUAUUUGUACUGAGUAAAUCUUUGUACAUGGUGGAUUUAUUAGUUUCUGCAGUACUAAGUCACGUAACACUGCGAUUUAGAACAUUGAGUUUGUUCCUUUUCACUUUUAUUAGCAAACAAUUUGUGAACGUUCUCCAAAGCCAAUUACUGUCUGUAUUUUUCAAAUGAAGGAGAUUGCAGAUAAUUAACUUCUGCUUCAUUCUUUUUCACUGCUAUUUUUCCUACUUUAAAAAUAUUUUUAUGACACAUUGUAUGAUCCUCAGAAAGAUCUACCUUUUGUAAGGGGAAAUUGGAUGGGCGCUAAUAAUUUGUCCAAGCCAAUAUGAGGUUUCAGAAAAAUGUCCCUAACAGCUCUUGUUAUUACUGAAAACCCUUUUUGCUCCCCACCCCCAAUCCCAAUACUUUUCUUCACUUCUCUUUAUUUCCCCGUGUCAGUACAUGGGAGAAACGAGAGAAGGAAGAUUUCUUUUCUCUCCUUUCUCUCUUCUACCUCUGUUACCGGGUUCCACUGGGUGGUAGUGCACUAUGGCACAAAGCCUUGGGUAUUAUGGGAGAUUUAGUUAUCGUGAGAUCUCCUGCAACUUGCUGUAGCUCUCAGGAGAACUACUGCUCCCAUGUUCCCUUGGUAUUUGUUCUGUGGCAAAGAGCUAACCAGAGCAUCACAAACAGAGAGCGGAGGGGCAACCCUCCCUUAUCUACCCUCCCACAAUCACCACUUGACAGGAAGCAAAGAGAAGUAGGGCAGAUGUUUGAAGGGCUCACAGGGAAGGCUUUUGUUGCUGGUGAAGGAUGAUGUGGGGGAGAACUAGACAUGAAUCUCCAGCUUGGAAUUUCAUCUGAGCUGGAGAAGAAUUCAAGGGUUUUUUUAAAAAAUUCUUCUUGUCUGAAGCAGGCUUCUGUGAAUCCCAAAGUUCAUACCUGAGCUUGACUUGGAAGAACUUUACUAGCAUCUCUAGACGUCAUAUAAUGUAAACUUACUAACAACUGGGCAAAGUUACAAUGUAGUAGAUAGGAAAAUAGAGGGGUCUUGAAACAAAUUCUCAUCUCUAGACUAUAUUAUUUAUGUGCAGCUUGUGAGGUAGCACACAUACAAUUUUUGCAUGCAAUAUUCUACCUUGAAAAUAAACAUCAGUAAGCAGUUUUCCUCGCAAAUCUUAUAAAAAUGAAACCGUUCAACAUAAAAGCAUUGAUGCCAAACCCUGCUGCAUCUUUCCAAAAACAAUUGGGUUGGCUGUUUUUCUCUCAAGCCGGAUUGUACUUUUAUUGGAGAGAAUCAGCUCUUAACAGUGUUGAAAUGUUGUGUUUUCUUUUCUGCCAGAUGUUCUAACUUUAUAUGCCAGUUAUAACAUAAUAGCAAAUAAGAGGGGGAAAGCUCAAUGUAAUCCCAUGUAUGUGUAUUUGGAAAUAUGUUCCUCUAUAUGCAAUCAAAUUUAUUCCCAGAAAGGCGUACAGAUUUACAGAUUUUAAAUUGAAGUCUUUUAAAACCAACUAUGAUGAUAUUGGUGACAAUGGACAAAAUUCUACAUAUUCAUAAACAUUUUGAGAUAAAUUUAGGGUACAUCAUGUUCCUUGUAUCCAAGAUCAGCUCAUGCAGACAGAAUGCCACUUUAAGCCACAAUUAAUAAAUACAUUCUUUCAGCAGAAAUUCAUUACAACCUUUUUAGGUUGCAUUUCUUCAUCUAGCAUCUCUGAGUGUUCCCACGGUUGAUGUAUCUGUUCUUUUAGCCACACAGAGCUAGUAGCAGGUAGGUAGUUGUGUGUGUGGUUUAGAUUAGGAAAUAGGAAAUAGCACAGGAGGAAAAGACUAAACACACCCCAUAUCUGGUGCUACUUCCCCCAAUUAAAUUAGCAGACCCAGGAGUGAUAUGGAUCACUGAUAUCCCAUAUCUCAUCUAGUGGUCCUUAUGGGGACCUCAAAUCAGGUAUUUCAAUAUAUGCAAAGAUUCUGCCAGGAGUUUGAAAGAUGGCAGAAAUUCUUUGAAAGAACCUUACGUUAAAGUGUUUCAGGGAACAAAAUAAUGACACCUGCUGAAUUUUGCCCUUCUUGGUGAUUCUUAAAGGGAUAGAAGCCUUUGGUUAUGUUACAUCAUAUCAACUGUCCUAGUUCCAUGUCUACAAAUGUUAUUUAUAUCCCUCCAAAGGGAAAACAACAUUUUUUUCUGUGACAUAACACUGUGAAGUAGAUCAGGUAGCGAGAUUUCUAAAACUAUGAAGUAAGCCUCAUAAGCAAUGCAGAUUUAAGUUUUGUGCACCACCAGAGAUGUAUUUAUGGGAGGGCAAAUGGGACAAUUGCCCAGGGCGAUAAAUUUGAGGGGGUGGCAUUUGCAACACCAGCAGGGUACCUGGACUCUUAUCUUUCAUUUAAGAAGAAGAAAUAAAUAAAUGUGUAAGCCUAAUUCCACCCCCCCUUCUAUGAAAUUAAUAGCUUGACUCUGUUUGUAAACACUGUUACAAAAUCUUUUGAAUAAAUACAUUUUUGUGGUUAUAUAAAAAUAAAAGAAACUUAAUUGAAACUAUGAUGAAUUUGUUAGAAUAUUUGGUACUAUUCCAGGCACCAAAAAUCUUUUUGAAAACAAUGUCAACAGAUCAUAAAAUGUUCAAUAAAAACAUGUGUUCUUAUAGUCAUAAACAUUUCUGCUAAGCAUUUUCCCAGCCAUCCUUGCAAGAUUAUGUUCUCACCUUUUGGUACUCAUACAAAAUGACAGGUAGUCAAUGGAAUAUUCCUUCACUGAAGAGCUGAAUCAAAUUUUAUAGAAAAAACUGUAUAAAAAGGCUAGCCAGCUGUCUGGAAGACAGAUAUAAAGAUUACAUGGCCAUUUGGAUAAGGAAAAGGUUAGUGGAAAUCGGAAAGUUUCAAACCUGCUGAUCUAAUGGAUGGAAGUCUGAGGCUGUAACUCUAUGCACACUUAUUUGGGAAUAAGUCUUAUUAAGCUCAUUGGGCUUCUGAGUAGACAUGUAUAGAACUGUAGUAUUAAUUGGAAUUGAGUUUUUAGAUUGCAUGUCUUUAUGAAAAAACUCCAUUGUGAGAUUACUGUCCAGGCUUUUUGCCAGGCUACUUUUAUGUCUUAAAAUGCAAUUUCAGCAUCACACCACCCAGUAGGGACUGGCACAGCACUUGCCCAGAUUUUAGGACUAUUAUUCUUUUUAUUAGUAUCUCCUUCCUGGUCACUUUCUUUUAAAGCAGUUCAUUAGUUACUUCCUGUUCCCUCACUGUGGCUGGCGGUCAAAUUCGGUGUGGCUGAAAUAUGAAAGUAGGUAUGGUGAGAACUGCAGUUUUCAAGCCUGUGUUUCAAAUGACUCACCAGCUAUUCGUACUCAUUUAAAUCAUUUUCUACUACUCAUUAUGAUAUUAAAUUCAGUAAAAUAAACUUAGCUUCAUGUUUAAAGAAUGUGAGUGGUGGUGUGUUGGUGGCAGUCUCUGGGCUGCACUGUGUUGCACUUCCAGGCUGACCAGAUGUAAACAUGGCUGGGCCAGAUGUAGAGCACUGGAGUGGUAGCAGCUCAGGGAACGCAAUCCCAUGUGCGGUGUGGCAGUAUAAGAAAUGGCCAUCAGUUGUGGGUGAGCAGAGUGGCUUAGCUCAUUACAGGGGAUGGAGAGACAGUUUUGUUGAGAGCUGAGGGGCUUAAGGUGCUACAAAGGAAGGGAGAGAUCAGUAAAGAAAGUCAGAAGCAGCAGGUGACCUGCUGAGCAGGGGAAGUACAGUCUGGGAACCAGAAACCCAUGUUAAAGAAGAUCUGGAGGAGAAUUUGAAUGAAAGCUGUAACUUCUGACUCCCUGGGGAACCAAGGACCCACCAGAAGGAUCCUGAAGAAAGUGUUUAUUCAUUAUAAUACCACUGGCCUUGAUUAGAUAUUAUUUGGAAGUGGGCUGAGUUUGAAAUUUUAGAUGUCACCUAUCUUAGUGGCUAUUGACCCAGGAAUAUACUUGUGGGAAGUAUAUGACAGUUAUAUUUUCCUUUUGCAAAAUCAGUAUAUUGAUUUUGUACCUGUUCCUGCCUGUACAAAAAAAACCCGACUUCUUUGCAAUUUUGCAUUUUUUGUUUGAGACAACAUACUGAAUUUUUGUUGUGAAUGUUCAUUGUGCUACAGUGUGGCCCAGUGAACACUGUUAUGAUACUUGAAGUAGAGAUGUAGUGUGAAAAAAGCCUUUAAAAAUUGCAACCAAUCUUGGGCCAAUCCUCAAAAAGUGCUGUAGAUAUAGCCUUGCGUGCCAUUCCUUCCACCUUCCCUUCAAACAAAAGAAAGAAAGAGAAAGGGAGAAAGAGAAAGAAAAGCAUAAACUUGCAGAAUUGAGGUUUAUCUAGCAUUUGAGUGAUCCUCAAGUCCUGGACAUAUAAGACAAGUUGCUGGCUUUGAUAUGACAUUCUGUGCUGAAAACCUUCAUUUUCUGUUGGGAUCAUUUUCACUACUGCAUAAUUCCAUGAAAAUGGCAACCUAUAGACUCAUUUUUCAUAUUCAUAUAUAAUUUCCCAGAGUUUCAUGAUAUGGCAACCAUUGUUCAAAACGGCAUUUUACACAUGAAUAAAAUAACAAGAAACACCAGACAUACAUGUGUUUCAAAAGUUAUUUAGGCCCCCCCCCCCCCGUGUUUAGUUUAAGACCUCUUCAAGAAAAUAGACAAUAGAUUAAUGAUCUUUUAUUGAGUUGACAGUUUUGCUUUUUCCUUUGGCACAGAGAGAAUUUUUUUUAAUGUUAGGAACAAAAUCAGACAUACUUAAGACAACAAAACCUACUUUGGUUCAGCAUGUUACGUAGGUCACAAAAAACACAUGCUCCCUGCCCAAACGAAAAUAAAAAUCUGAACAUUUUAACUUUUUCUUUUUCGAAUUUGUUAUCAUUAAAAAAAACUGUUGAGAUGUUGGCUAACAUUUUUUUUUACAUGUAACAGUUCUUUUGACAAACAUAGCACCAAAAUGUGCAACUUAUUUUUUUUUACAAACAAACAAACCUUAGUGAAGUGUCAUUUGCUUCACACCAAACCUUUUGUAAAGUCAUAAAACGUGUUUAGCUCAUCCCCCCAGGCCACAAAAAACAACUUGUAGUAAGAGAACUAAUUAGAAGAGAAAAUGCUUCUGAAAAGAAGAGUGAUAUUGGAGCUUCUAGCAGAAAGAUGGGGGCUGUGGAAACUACUGACACUGUACAAUGUUUCUGUAGAAGGGAUAAUUUAUCUUGCCAGCUGUCAGGAAAAAGAAAGAAACCAAAACUAUGAAAAACAGAAAAACGGGGGAAAGGAGAAAGUACAUAAACAACUCCCGGUAUACAGGUUAAAAGAAGAACAUGACAUAUAUAGUAAUGAGCAUCCCAAAACCCCUUUGGGAUUUGAAAAGUUUGUGAACUACAUCCAGAGGUGGUUGAGUUAAUCUCUAGUAAGGAUCAUCAAGUUUUCUACUGUUUAUUGUGAGAACUUAAGUCUUCUUUUGGCAGCACGCAAAUUUGAAGACAGAAAAAAGAAAAUUAAAGAACCGAUUGAAUUGAUUGUGUGUGAUAAAAACUCAACAGACUAUAGGAUGCAGAGAUUCCAAAGUUGCAACUUGGAUAAACUACGCAAUAUUGAAUAGAAGAUUCUGGUAAAUCAGUGGAAUGAAGAUCAAUUGGAGCUGCAGUCUGUUACCUGGAGUGACAUAGAACAAAUGCUGUUUAGUCAAACGAGAAAAAUAUUGAAGCAUGCAUACAAUAUAUGUAGACAAGCAAAAGAGCUUCAGAGCCAAAAGGAAAAAAUUGUGGCAAAGUGAACUGAUUCUGCAAACUGACUUUGCAGAGAAUUAUUACAUAAAGUAUCAGAACGAAGCGAUGCAGGCUCAUUGGACUGCAGAACAAGGAACUUCUGUAAUAAUUUACACUGCUGUGAUUUAUUAUAGGCAAGUCACUGAUGAAGAAGUGCAGGUACAGAUGUAUGCUGUCCUUGAUGCAACUGAGCAUUUCUCUUUCACUGAAAUUCUUCCAAUGCAAAACAUGGCAUUGAAAUUAGACCCAUUAUUCUAUGGACUGAUACCACUUUAAGAACAGGUAUUCCACAGUGACUUCAUCAUUUACAAAUCCUGGAACUUAAGUAAAUCUUCCCAUGGCAGAGGACCACAUGAUGGAGUUACCAAAAGAAUUGUAUGGGACAGAGUUUUGAGAGGACAGGCAGUGAUGCACAAUGGAUUUGAUCCUCCCCCUUAAACUUGGAAAAACUUCAAGCAUGUUUGCUCGUCACUGAGGAAAACAGAGGAACAUAAAAAGACCUCAGUGAGGUGUUUGAAAUGUAAAUCCCAUGAAAGGCAUACAAUCAGCAGAAUGUGUUGUCAACAUGGAGUGAUUUAGAGUAUGCCAUUAUCAAAACACAGUAGAUCAGGCAUAGGCAAACUCAGCCCUCCAGAUGUUUUGGGACUACAACUCCCAUCAUCCCUGACCACUGGUCCUGUUAGCUAGGGAUGGUAGAGGUUAUAGUCCCAAAACAUCUGGAGGGCCGAGUUUGCCUAUGCCUGCAGUAGAUUAUGCCCCAAUGGGAAAUGUAAGUAUCCUGAAAGAAAGCACAGAAUCAGAAACAGCCACUAAAGUACUGGCUUCAGUUGGCAACUUUGUUAUUGUUGCAUUUGAGACAAGGAAAUGUUGUGUUGAAAAGAAAACAAAUCGUUAGGGUGUUGCCACAGGCAAGUAUGAAUUCAAGUAGAUAUUACAACUUCCUGACUUACAAAUUGCUGACUUGCAAUUUAUGAAUGUCUAGUUAUGUCUAGUUAUAUGUCUUAUGCACAGAUUCUUGCCUUGGAGUCAUUUUAUUUGUAUUUAUCUGUCAGUGAACAAUUAUGUUGGUCACAUUGUGUUGCUGAAGGGUCAUUCACUCAUGCCAGUGUACUGCAGCAAUUCAGGCAAUUUGCAGCACAAUUGUAUGCAAUUACUUCUACUUAGAAGUAAAUCCUACUGUGUUAAAUGGGACAUACUUCUGAGUAAGUGUAUAUAGGAUUGCAGCCUUUCUUGGUUUUUCUCCUAUUUAAUUGUGAACUUUCAGAAACUCUUAGAUCUAGGCUCGUUUUAUAUAUGAAUAUUUGGCCUAACGUUUGUGAAUAAUGACUCAACAUCAAAACUUUUUGUUUAUACUGCAGAAUAUGAUACUCUCUUCAGUGAAGAAAACUGCUGGUCUGGCAGACGUGCUUGGCUUUUCCUCACUGACUUACCAGGACUUACAUAAACUUCAAUAGGCUUGUUUAGCAUGCAUCCUUUUGUAAUUAAAGUGCAAUGGAUUAUAAUUGGUAGACUUAUACAUAUAUCAUAUGUCUAGAAUUAGAAUGUUAGCUUUAUUCUUUUAGUCUAGUUCAGGGUUUCCCAAACUUGGGACUUACACUGUUUUUGGACUACAACCCCCAUCAUCCCUAGCUAGCAGAACCAGUGGUCAGGGAUGAUGGGAACUGCUGUCCAAAAAUGGCUGGAGACCCAAGUUUGGAAAGCCCUGUUCCAGUUUAUAAUUCCCAGCUACUUAGUUAAUCAGACUUUCUAGCUGUACUUCUGUUGGAUAUUUUGGUUUCAUUUUAUGCUGCCUUCUUUUCUAAUAAGUCCACCUCAUUUAAAAUUAAUGUCUGACUGAAACCUUGAUACUAAAUCCAGUAUUAGUCACCUGCUGUUGAGUAAUUUGGUGACUCUGAUGCUCAGGGAGCAGAGAGCUGUGUUUUCUCUCUCUUGCUCCUUUAGAAUCAGAGGGUGUCCAGUAAAGGUCUAGGAGCCUCCUGACCCAAGAUGGUUGGGCAGAAAGAGUGCUGGCAGUGUCCCUUGCAGGGCUGGUGACAGACCCUGAAUAUCUGGACCCUGGGUUUUGGAUACCAGUCCUUGACAGUCACAGCCAAGAGUGCCCUUUGCACCUAUAUCUAGGCAUCAGCUGUGUAGUUUCCUAAAAGAUAAGCUUCUUGGGGUUGCAAAACCUUUAUGUUAUGACAUUUUCUCCAAAUUACCUGUUGGCUAAGAUGGUUCAUUAGUAGGACCAAAGGCGUUUCAGUUGCCAAAUUAAUCCUGAAACCCUACGGGAAAUGGUCUCCUCAUUAACAGAACUGGGGCCACACACAGAGAUGUUGACUGUUCUAAUAGGUUCAUUCUGUGUCUCCCAGCAAGUUUGUCACUUAGGAAAGAGAAGGAUCGAGGAUUUCAUUGGCUGGCUGAAAAGUUUUAAGUCUUCUUCACAACCUGAAGCUGUACUAAUUGAGACUUUUUCACACAACUGCAGUUGAUAGAUGCUAAGAGUCGUAUAUACAGUUCCAAGGCAUCUAUUAUACAAAAGGCAGUUUGGAAUAAUUAUAGCUCAGCACUGCUAAACAUAGUUUGUUUUUUCUUCCUGGAACAGUACCCUUUCCUCAUAAAUUCAAUAUUUUUGUGGGCUGUAUAUGAUGAUAGUUUGGCUGCUGACUCUGCCAUGAUUUGCAAAAUAUUUUCCUUUAAGGAAGGUGGAUGGCUCAGUAAUAACAUGAUUUUUUAUGAUGUGGGCACAAUGAGGCAGACAGAAACAUCUAAGAAUAUAUGUCCAGCAGCAGUAACAUCUAUGUGAACUCACACAUUAGAAAUAUAAACUGCAGAAACAUAUGUAGCAUAGUUAUUUGUUCAUUCACUUAAUCUCUAAGCCAUUUUUUCCAGUAAGAACCCCAGGUGAGUGUAGCAGAUCCAGUGAAACAAAAAUAAAUUAUUUUAAGACAACUUAGUGACUCCAUCCAGAAGAGUGGAACCACCAUGCCCUAGAGAAAUUGUACCACCUACCAUCAGCUUCUCAUAUUGUCCAGAUUAAUCUUCUUGGGUACAACAGCAUUCUCCUGAUCUGUGAUUCCUAGCAACUGGCAUUCAGAGCCUGCCUCCUGUCUCUGACAGUGGAGCGCAGCCCUCCUGGCCAGUAGCCACCUAUAGCCCUCUCCUCCUCCGUGAAUUUCUCUAAUUCUCUUUUAAAGCCAUCUAGGUUGGUUUGGGAUGGGAAAAGCAGUUACUAACAUGCUUCUCUUUCCACCUCCACUAGUUCGGUUGUUUUCAGGGGCAAAAACACUUUCCUUGAAUUUCUCUCUCUCCCUCCCCCCCAUCCCUUCACACCUCAGCAUUAGGUAAUCAUAAAAGCAUACCGACGCAAGUAGAUAAAUAGUUACCACUGAGACAGAAAGGCAAAUGGUGUUUCCUUGUGCUCUGGCUUCCAUCAGGUUGUCCCGCUGAGCCAGAAGCAGUUUAGUCCUGCUAGCCACAUGACCCAGAAAGCUGUCUGUGGACAAACACCGGCUCCCUCGGCCUGAAAGCGAAGUUGAGCGCCACACUCCGUAGUCACAUUUGACUGGACUUAACCAUCUAGGAGCCCUUUACCUUACUUUACCAUACUAGGUAAUCACCACAGAAAUAUUUUUAUGGGAAGGCAAAUUUCAGGAUAGAUCAAUCCUACUGUAAGGGAAGGGGAGAGUCCAAGGCAGAGGAAUCACCAUAUCCAAACUCUGCCAGGUUUACAUGGGCUAAAGCAAAAUCAUGGGUGGGGGCAGAUCUUACCUGGCUAUUUACAGUAAUCUCUCUUUUGAUUUCCAAAUUUUCCUGCCAUUGAGUCCUAUGGGAGGGAAAUUCACUACUCCAUAUCCAUGACUGGUAGAUAGAUUUUUGCUGUUUUGCAGGUGUGCCAAUGGCACAAGGGAGCUUUGGAUUUUGAAGAUCUAAAGUCUUCCUCAAUCCCCUGGCAUGCCCCUUCCUCCCUUAUACAUCUGACAUUAGAAGAGGGAUGGCUGUAGAUGUUUCUGUGGUCACAUCAAGGAGGCCUCCAGUGGUGGACCUCCCCCUCUAUGAACAGAGGGGAAGAUCCACUGUGUCCUAUGGCUCCUUGAAUGCCUGUUAAGCAACUAUGUAUUUAGGAUAUCCACCUAUUUUUAUAUAAGUGACAAAGUUUAGCCAUAUAAAACCAUAUAUAUUUGUCCCCAUCUGCUGCUGGGUGUAAGUUAUUUGAGACCUUAAAAUCUGAAAACAUACAGCAAGCUAUAUUAAGGAGAUUAUGCAUUUUUUUAGUUGUUUGCUUAGCAUGGGACUGAAUCACUUUGAUUACUUUGGAAGCAUAGCAAAAUUCCGUUUUUGUUGCUUGACUGCUAGAGAUGACACUGCUUUCAUUGACAGUGUUCAUUUAUUUUUGUAAGGCAGCAAAAAUGCUUGUGCUGCUUAUAACAGGCUCUGUGUCUUCCUUGGCUAAUAUAUAAAGUCAUUCUUAGUGGUUUACAGGAGCACAUUUUGCUUGACAAUUUAGGGGUGCUGUUCUAACAUUAUCCAUCCUCAAGCUGUCAAGUGCUCUGUAAUAUUUUAGUCAUAUGUGAAUCUUAGCUUGUUGUCAAAUGGCUCAAAGGAUUUUAGUUGAUUAAUAAUUCUUACUUUGAAAUGAGUAAUCACUCAAAAUAUUUUUGUGUUUUACUCAAAUUACAAUAUCUGCUGUAUUUUUCAUGCUGAAAGAAAUAUAGUUUACCAUAUACUAACAAUGGCUAUCACUCAUUCUUAGAUGGAAAUGCCAUCUUUAAUAUUUUUCUUCGAUAUUAUCAUAACAAAAAUAGAUGAGCUGGCUUUUUUGAGAAGCAAGCAGUUAUAAUUUCAGUCUUUAUGCUGGCCCAGCACAUUUAUUUCCAACAGUGUGCACACAUAGAGUACAUCCAUUUGGUGCCUAUUUCUCCAUACUCUCAAGAUUCUAUCCCCAUUUUACAGAUAUGCAUAUAAGGGCAUAAAUUAGCAAGUUCAUUUGAAAAUCCAGGUCAGAUCAAGCUUCAGGAGCAAGAGGCCCGGUAUUUUGGUCUAACCACCAUUUCACCCUGCUUUUCAGCAGAAUUAUGCUUUCCUAGAAUGACAGCAUUUUCUCGAGCUUAUGUAAGUCUUGAGCAAAAGCAUAGAAACUUAUUUUCUUCACAUUAGUGCAGAUUAUUGUGGUUUGCUGUACCAAUCUUACUCUAUCUCAAUAUGCACUUUUCAAUCUAUAUUUUCACCAAGUGGCAGUUUCAAAAUCCAAAUGUCUGUCAUCAUACAUUGAAGAAAGUUUCAGCUUUAAUAGAUGCUGCUAAAAGGCAACCGCUAAGUAUCACUAGGAUUUGCAAAAAGUGUCCAGAGAAGUAGCCUGAUGUCUGAUCAUAAAAAUGCUUCUAUUCAGCAAGAAUACCUCUGUCUGAUGGAACUGUCUCAAAGUUUUGCUAAGGUCUGAUCCUGAUUUGCCACAUUCUUUCUAAAUGAAAACUGCCUCAGAAUGUGAUUUGUGUAGUAGCCCUAAGUAAUAUAACCAUACUUCUGGAAUUACAUAUAAUCACAAAAGUCCUUACUGUUUAAGCAAUUAAGUCAUAACAAUUUUAGAAUGACACAAAAGUUGGAUCUCAAGGAGCUCACCAUUUAUCUAGGUUUCAUCUGGUAUCCAGGCAAAGGCUAUCAAGGGACAGUAUUUGUGAAAGUUUGAAAUUAUAUAUCAUCUCUGUAGCCUCCCCUUCUUAGAAAUAUUUUCCCCCAGUUUUUCUCAUUACUUGGGAGAUAAUAUCAGGUUGAGAAUGAUGUCAUAUUAACAGCGUGAGACAGCAGUGCUCUCUUACCAAAAGAGGAGAAGACAUAUUAGAGUUCUUUUAAGCUCAUCUUGUUUAAAAAAAACAACUUAAUUUGAGUCCACACUCUUUCAGCCAUGUGAAUUUUGAAUACAUGUUAUAGACUCACAAAUGGCUAUUACAAAUGUGAGUGGCAAACCAUUAUACAUUUUCAUUGUUUCCAUUACAUAUUUUUAAACUCUUUGCACCACAAGUCAGAACGGGAGAAUCACAAUUAUUGCGUAGUACAGAGGAAGGCAAAUUUCUGUGGUGAGAAAAAAAUAGAGUGGGCAAAAUACCUGAAGUAAUUUACAUACCUCAAGAUGUCUGUUAGGCUACACUUAUAUGAAUGCAUAUACCACACAAGAAGCUUACUGAUCGUAACAGAAGAUAGCAUAGCAAGCAAAUUAUGAUGACUGCAUUAACCACAAUGUCCUCUGGAGCCUAAUUUAUACUAGCUGGGAGAUGGCGAUUGGUUAUGGCGAUGAGAACAAUAUUGUGAUAGGAAAUGGCUUAGGCUGCAAUCAGCCCACUUAUCAGGAACCAAGCCCAUCAAAUUCAUUAGGACUUACUUAAGGGUAGGCAUGGUUAGACUUGCAGUGUUAGGUGCUAAUAUAAGUUAUCUUAAGAAAGUUCAUGGAGAGUUUCCUGCCCCCUGCUUGCAGUCAUCUGUGCCCCCCUGCAAAUCUCUCUAGAGAAUUGGAGGCCCUCCUGAACAGUGAGGGAUGUCCAGUUAGCCCCUUACCACAGGAGUCUCCAUCCCACAUUUUCCCUCCCAAACCUUUUUAUGUUGGAAGCUUUUUAUGGGAGGCACAGAUGUCUGCAGGGGUAAAAAGCAGGUGAGAAACAUUAACUUUCUUAAGUAAAUUUAUCUUGAGACUUGAGUCACUGCUUAUUCUGAAUGGGGAGCUGUAUUAAACUACUGUAGCAAAAGUUGCCAAGAAGUCCCAAGGCACCUUUAAAACCUAACAGAUUUAUUAUAGCUGGGGACACCUUUGUCAGAUACAUACUCUCAAUUUGCAGAUAUGCUUGUGCAUGUAUAUGUCAGGGUAAAGUGAGCUGAAUAACAAAUGAGCAUAACAACCAGCCAUUGGGUGCAUUCGCCAUGCAUCAUGGCGAACGUAUACAUAAUCUGUCUGCAAAGAGGGAAUUAUGCACAUUUCCCAGCCAAUGCUUUCCAACAGGCCUGGGGGAGUUGUACACUCCCCAGGCAAUAUGUAUAAUCUCCACCGAUUCUGGAGAAUACUAGGGUGGCAUUCAGUGUCGCACUAAGGCAGUGGUUUUCACCCUGGGGCUCUUUAAAUGAUAGUCAGGGGUGUUGCAGGCAAUACUGGCCUCUGUCCCUCUUUCCUUCCCUCCCUGCUCUGAUGCCCUCUUGUGUCUCUGCCUCCUUAGCUGUUUGUUGCAGCAGCCCCAGCUACAAGCCCCCAGGCAAAUGGUGCCUCUGGGGCUGGCCAGGGGGUGUUGAUUGCCAAGAGCUUAGGCGGCUUCAGAGUAAGCAAGUAAGCAGGCAUGGGAAUCCAGCCAGCCAGUCCGCCAACCCUUGCUGCUGGGAAUGGACAGACCUCCCAGGCCUCUGUGGGGCAGUGUGAGGAGGCAUCUCUCUUUGAGGCGGGGGGGGGGGCAGCUCAGAGACCAGGGGUGCCCAGAGGACUCCCAAGGAGAUGGGAGAGGAGAGGAGACUGAGGGAACACUCCACAAGGGAGGGUGUUCGAAAAAGGGUGAGAGCCUGUCAACUCUGCAGGCAAAGAGUGAUAUAGCUGGGCUCCUGAGCCCCACAGGGAGCUGUGGACUUUAAAAGGUUGAAAACCUCUGCACUAAGGUGAUCAUUCUGUCAGCACAAGCAUUUCUGCUUGCCAGAUAUAGCAAUCCCCCCCAUGCUGUUUUGUGGGUUCUCUCACCACCACCCCCAAGUCAAUUUGGGGAUGCAAGGGGAGAGAAAGGAAAGCCCUGUUGUGUUGAUGGAACUUGUUGUGUUUCUCCUUCUAGCACAACUAUUUAGUUGAAUCUGGCCCACAAUAUCUUGACUGCAUUUUAUGCAUUCUCCAGGCAAUAUUCAUAAUCUCCAACAGACAUCAGGUAGCAUCCAUAUCUGAACAGAGUUUUCUACAUUCUCUAGGCAUAAUGCAGAAUCUUUGGAUCAGGUUUCCUGUAGAGUGUCUGAGAGUUGAAUUUUUUUUUAAAAAAAAAAGUUAAAAGGAGAUACUUUUUCCUUUCAAGAAAAUUAACCAUCUCUCAUGCACUACACAGUGGUACCUCGGGUUACAUACACUUCAGGUUACAUACGCUUCAGGUUACAGACUCCGCUAACCCAGAAAUAGUACCUCGGGUUAAGAACUUUGCUUCAGGAUGAGAACAGAAAUCAUGCUCCGGCGGCCCGGCAGCAGCAGGAGGCCCCAUUAGCUAAAGUGGUGCUUCAGGUUAAAAACGGUUUCAGGUUAAGAACGGACCUCUGGAACGAAUUAAGUUCUUAACCCGAGGUACCACUGUACAGGCAAUACCUUCCGGGGUCUCUGACUUCCUAGAAUACUGGACAAUUUGCAGCAAGAACACUCGCACACCCUCAGCCACCUUAUAACUUUAAACACACACAAUUUCCAUAGCCCAAAUUAGUUCAAAAAUUACUUUUUACUACCACCAUAUUUUAUUGGAUUUGCCUUAAUGCAACUGAAUAUAAUCUGCAAUGCAUGAAAGUGAUUCUUUAAACAAAAAGAAAUAAAUGAACCAAAGGAAAUAAUAUAUAGCAUAAAGAAAACAGGAACCUUGAGAAACAUCAAAAGGAAAUGAAGCAUUAACCAAAACUCUUAACAGAGCAAUUACUCACAGAACACCAUUCCAUAAUGGAGCUGAAAUGGUUAUUAGAUAGUUGUGGGGAUGAUGCAGCCAGCUAUCAGAUAUUUUCAGUCGUCUCCUUCACAAGCAAUGUUCCACAUAUCACCUACCAUUGCUAAUCCUCCACUCCCCACUGUAAAUAAUAAUAAUAAUAAUAAUAAUAAUAAUAAUAAUAAUAAUAAUUUAUUUAUACCCCGCCCUCCCUGGCCACGCCCGAGCUCAGGGCGGCUAACAUCAAAGUAUGAUACAUUAAAAACAUAAAUCAAACAAUCAAUUAAAAUACAUAUUAAAAUCAAAUUUGGAUUAGAAUAAAAUCAGAUGGCAACCAUCUUGCUCCUCCCUCUGCUUGUUUAUGCCUUGUUCCCUCUUUCCUCUACCAUCUCCAGUAGGGCAAGCUGCUGUUCAGCCCUCAGCCCUUCAAGGAAUGCAGAGAACAGUAUUGUUUACAUCUGGAUCUGUGCAGGUGCACAUUGAAACGAAGCAUCCCUGCUCCAAAACAAAUAUGAGCAUCGUUAAUAUUCCCAUUCAGUGGAUAGAAAGUUGAGUGUAACCUCCCUUCCCACAGAUCCACUGUAACAUCUUAAGAUGGAGCAGGGCCUAAGUAGUUCUGCAGGAGGAAGUCACUUCCACCCAAAGAGCAAUUCUGCAGUGUGCUGCUGCUUCAUGUGAUGUAAACAGCAGUAGUAAAAUGCAGUUGUCAAAGAAGUUGACAUGAAGCUAGCAUGAGAAUUUCUGGACUGGUGAGUUGGAAGUUGUGUUAUCAACACUAGCAGGGGUGAGCAUUGUGAUGCAAGAAGCAAUAAUACAGAUAUAUAUUAAAAGCCCAUUCAUCUCUCAGGCUACUUGUUUGGGCAGAGAGUAGCUGAACAAAACAAUAGUAUUCUUCAAUAGUUGUAGGGUAGAAAGGAGAGAUAAAGGAAAGUGAGUUAAAUAAAAACCUUUAUGCACCACUCUGCCACUCCCUUUUUGCAACUCUGUUUGUAUGCAUUUCCUUUAUGUUUGGAUUUUCAGCAGAGGGCACUAUACCAUAAUGAAUAUCAUGGAGCUAUAAUGGCCGUUACUAUAACUGAUGGGUGAGAUACAAGCCUUCAUAAGUUUUUUAAAAAAAACCAACAACAACACACACACCCAGAAAUAUGAGAAACAAUGCACUUUUUCCUGAAGUAAAUUUCAAAACUUUGUCAUUAUGUGCCCUGUGCAAAGAUGGAGUUUAAAAUGAAAGUAUUAUAAGUGAUAUUGCACAUUCUGUAAUUUAAGAUGCAUCAUUCAUACCAUGAGACUUUGUAAAAGGUUCACCACUGUCUAACAGCCACAAAUAGGACUCAUGCUUUCUUUGUCGGGUCUCAGAUGCUGCAAUAGAAGCAGGCGUUUUCAGUUGUGGUCCACAAGCCCCAUGCUGUUAAUAUGCACCCGGUGACUUUUUGCUGCAGCUAUUUUAUUGUUUUAUGAAAAGCGUUAAUAAGAAAAACUCAUUGCAAAAUACGCACCCAUUGACUGUGAACAGAUAAAAUCAGAAACAACUGAGAACUCAACAUCUGUGCAACAGCAGCAGCAUCAACAACCCCCAACCAAUCUCCACAUAUAGCAUAACAUUUGGUUCAUUUAUAUGUCAGAAACCACCUAAAUACCAUGGGGAGAUGGAGUGGAGGGCUGCAGGGGAAGCAGAAAUAGGAGAAAAUAACCUUCUGUUCUCUUACAGUAGUGUUCACUUUGUUGGAUCAAAAGCUGUUCUGCAAGCAGAAGGGCAUUACAGGAUUUCUAAUUCAUCGCAGUUCUUUAUCUUGGUAGUAAUAAUUGGCAUUUACACCACAGGAACCAACUAAAAUGAAUUCUAAAUAAAAGUAGACUUCCCAAGCAAACAUGGACAUAAUACAUGAAAAGUAAAUUCCAGACGCCUUUUAAAUUUUUAUAAUGAGAUUUAAUAAGGUAGCUAGGCCUUUGGUCAACCAUUAUUCAACACAAAGCAUUCUAUGCCAAUCAUGUGUUUUCUGUUUUGAAUUACAGCUCACCACAGCCACCCUGGAUGGCAAACUGCAAUUGUUCCUACCGGAUUGUCAGCUUUGA